AUGUCUCCAGGGGCUUGGGGGCCCUUAGCAACGCUGGUACACAGCGACCUCCAUAGAGAGUGAGUGUGUUUUCUCUUUCUCCCCAAAGUCAGUGUGGUAUAUUUAGUUUUAAUUUGGCAUUUGUGUUCCCUUUGAAUAAGAAUAAGAAUAAGAAUAAGAAUAAGAAUAAGAAUAAGAAUAAGAAUAAGAAUGAGAAUUUUUUAUUUGUAUCCUGCCCUCCCUGGCUGAGGCCGGGCUCAGAGCGGCUAACAUCAUAAAAAAACCCCAGGAAGGACCUUUUAGGCAGAAUUUUGUUCCAAAGCCAGAACCAUUCAGCUCUUUCAGGGGCUGGCCAGGGUAAAAUGUAGAAAUUGGAGACAGAGGCCUGUUCAGAGCUAUUUGUGGUGGUGUCAUUACAACCCAUGGAAUUCCUUACUAAUUAAACGUCUCCCUGAUUUCACAAGAGGAAUAACCAUGCUCUAUAUAGCUCAUGUCUGGGAAAAGGUGGCAUUUUCCCAAGGUCUUACCAUGAGGGUGCAGUAAAUGAGAAUUGGCCCCUAACAGCUUGCUUGGUUCCCUCCCCUGUACGUUUUAGGCUCACGUUCCCUUUUUCUCUGGGAUGCGGUACAGGCCAUGAUUUGGGCUGACUUCCCAGAGAGCCUCUGCUGUAAAUAAAAAUUGCCCUUUUCCCUUAUGGGGUAUCCAAGAGCCCAUAUAGAGUCCUUACAUAGGUUCCCUAUUGGUAGGAGAAGAUAACAGAGGCCAACCAGAGAAUAUUGAGAAGCAAAGCAGCUAGUCAGCUUGAUCUUUACUGAUCUGUUGCAACAGGGUGCUCCCCUCACCCGCAGGAUAGACGAGGAACCCAGAACAAUGGUGCGCAAGGCCUUAUAUGGACUCUUGAAAUUGCCACCCUGUAGACCAAGACCACCCCCUGGAACAUCAUACAUACAUCACAGAAGGGGUGUAACCUAAGACCACCCCUCAGAUACAUCACACCUACAUCACAGAAAAGGUGGUCUAAACAGAAAUUUAAUGUUGUUUUUCUUCUUGUUUAUCUCCUGUCUGGCAGGUUACUUGAUUGGAUUGCCUGGGGAGCCUGGCCAGUCUUUUGUAAUGAUAAAUACUUAGUUCCUGGGCCAGGUCACAGGCUCACACCCUAUUCAUACACAGACAUACCCUUAAGACAGGAUUUGUGAAGGAAAUGACAAUGGGGAGGCUUUUCCAGUUUGACCUUGCAGAGAAAACAUUUGCUCAGGUUAGGAAUCAAAAUGGCUUCAGGUCCGUCUUCCUGUGCUGAUCUAUGUACGUGCGCCUAUCACACCAUCACAUGAGCGGUGUGAGUUUUUCAACCGCAUUCUAAAUCACAUACAGCAUUACCAAACCAAUAAACAGAAUAUCCAGUCAAUCUUCAGUACCUAUAAAAGAACUUAAGGGAUAGGACCAGAAGCAUUAGCCUCAUCCUUAGGAUCAGAAGCUGAGGCUCCCACAGAUGAGAGUUGUUGUUUUCAACACAACAAAGCCACUUCCGAACCUGGCGAGAAGUUGGGGUUGCGGGCUUCACGCCCACUCCAUGUGCGCGGGGGCUGGUUCCAGCCCCCGUGAGACCGAGGGAAUCCCGGCCGCGUCGUUGGGUGGCUGGGGGGCGUAGCCUGCCCUAUUUAGGGCUGGCGCGGCCGGGGCUCGCCCUCUUUUCGCCUCGCCAGCCAUCCCACUUUGGUUUGUAUUAAGGUUGUUUUGUCUCUUGCUUACCUUUUCUUUAGGCUGUGUAUCUCAAUUCCUUCGGUGAUCGAUUUUCACUUGGAUUUACCCGUGCAUCGGUGUUGUGCCUCCCAUUGGAUUGCCUGCCUCAAGCCCGCCUGUGUUCCAGGCAGCCGCUUCGGCAGCCAGAGCCAUUUAGCUCCAGAACAGCAGGGCUGAAACCGUGCCGGAAAACCCCAUCAAACCGGGUGUUCCCUUCUCUCUGGGUGGCUUCUCUGCAGUGGAGCUUUGCGGAACGCGGUUUGCACGUUCAGCGCCAGCCCAUCGCUGUUUAGUCCUUUUACUCGGAAGCGCACAGCUCGCCCCACGGAUCAGGUUUGGCUGGGGGUUCUUAUUUCUAGCCGCAUUCACAGGGUGGUGGGGCACCUUUAACGUUUGUGGGGGGCUUGGUGGAGCAAAAGGAGGGAGACUUAAAAGGACACGUCUUUGUCGCUACCCCUUUGCAUUUGGUACUGGCCGCGUUGCCUUUGCGUUCCAACGGUUGCUUCUUCACCAUUAUACCUUUCCAAGAACUUUAGCCAGACUUCCAGAUCGGAUUUUACCUCUUUAGAUAGGCGAACCCUGUGAUGGGGUGACCGCAAGCCUGCUGACAACCUCGCGAGGCGGCUGCAAAAUGGGCGGCCUGGGGAAACCACUCAGCAAGCAAAGUUCAAAUGGCCUAACAACGACUGAAUCUGCCUGAGCGUAACUUUUCUUAGAGGGAGAAGUUGCUGAAUGAGGUCCCUAAGCGCAACCAAUUUUUCACUAGGAAGUUUUGAGGUUUGGGUGACUGUGUCCAACUCAAUGCCUAGGUAAACCAUAGUUGUAGCUGGGCCCUCCAUUUUAUCUGCAGCCAAAGGUACUCCCAGCUCUCCUGCUAAAGAUGUGAAGGCUUCCAGAAGGGCCGAGCACUUAUGCCUACUAUCAGCUACGAGAAUAAAGUCGUCCAAGUAGUGCGACACACCCUCAGAGCCAGUUCUAAAACGAAGCGCCCAGUCCAAAAAGGUACUAAAUGCCUCAAAGGCUGCACAGGCCACUGAGCAACCCAUAGGCAUUGCUUUGUCUACAAAGUAAGUAAAUGUAAAGGUACCCCUGCCUGUACGGGCCAGUCGUGUCCGACUCUGGGGUUGCGCGCCCAUCUCACCUUUAAAGCCCUAUACGGCCUAGGACCCUCGUACCUACGGGACCGCCUCUCCUGGUAUGCCCCACAGAGGAACCUACGGUCUGCAAAUAAAAACAUCCUGAAGGUCCCAGGCCUCAGAGAGGUUAGGCUGGCCUCAACUAGAGCCAGGGCUUUCUCGGCUGCGGCUCCAAUCUGGUGGAACGCUCUGUCACAAGAGACUAGGGCCCUGCGGGACCUGACAUCUUUCCGCAAGGCCUGCAAGACAGAGUUGUUCCACCAGGCCUUUGGUCAGGGCCCAGCCUGACUCCCUCCUCUGGCAACCUGCACAGAACUUUGCUUAACGGUUGCCAUUAAUUUGAUUUCAAUUAAUUUUUAUAAUGAAAUGUUUUAGAAUGUUGGAUUAUUUGAUUGUUUGAUUAUUUGUUUGUUGUUAGCCGCCCUGAGCCUGGCUUUGGCUGGGGAGGGCGGGAUAUAAAUAAAAUUUAUUAUUAUUAUUAUUAUCUCGCUUAAGAGGCCAGGGGCCAGCGCUGUCCGGAGACACUUCCGGGUCACGUGGCCAGCGUGAUGAAGCUGCUCUGGCGAGCCAGCACCAGCACAGCACACGGAAACGCCGUUUACCUUCCCGCUAUAAAGCGGUACCUAUUUACUUACUUGCACUUAAGAGUGCUUUCGAACUGCUAGGUGGGCAGGAGCUGGGACCGAAUGACGGGAGCUCACCCCGCCACGGGGAUUCGAACCGCCGACCAUACGAUCAGCAAGUCCUAGGCGCUGAGGUUUUACCCACAGCGCCACCCGCGUCCCGUGUCUACAAAGUAUGCCCUGUCAAAUUUAAAACCCAGCCACCGGAAAUCUUCCGGGUGGACUGGCAGGAGUCAGAAAGCAGACUCUAUAUCACAUUUCGCCAGCAAUGCGCCUUUUCCAAAUUUGCGAAUAAGUUUAACCGCUUGGUCAAAGGAGGCAUACCUCACAGAGCAAAGUUCCUGAGGUAUCGCAUCAUUGACGGACCCUCCCUUUGGGUAGGAUAGGUUGUGAAUCAUGCGAAACUCACCGGGUGCCUUUUUGGUGAUGAUGCCUAAUGGGGAUAUAUGCAAACCCUCUAUGGGAGGGAUGGAAAAGGGGCCGGCUACCCUCCCUGCCUUAAUUUCUUUAAGUAUUUUCUUGCGCGCCACUUCAGGCAUCUCUCUAACUGAUUUCUGAUUUGGUGGGUCACCUGAAUUGGGGGGGAAAGCAACUGGGAUCCUAAAACCUAAACUAAAACCUUCCCAGAGAAAUAAUGCAGCUGUUCUGUUGGGAUAGAGAUCCAAAAGGGUUUUUAAGCUCACGUACCCUUUUUCUCUGGGAUGCGGUGCAGGCCGUGAUUUGGGCUGACUUCCCAGAGAGCCAUCACAUGAGCGGUGUGAGUUGUUCAACCACAUUCUAAACGACACACAGCAUUACCAAACCAAUAAACAGAAUAUCCCGUCAAUCUUCAGUACCUAUAAAAGAACUUCAGGGAUAGGACCAGAAGCAUUAGCCUCAUCCUUAGGAUCAGAAGCUGAGGCUCCCACAGAUGAGUUGUUGUUUUCAACACAACAAAAGGGAUGGCGUUUCACUCCUGCAUCUGCUGGAGAACCGCCCCCCCUUUUCUAACUAACUGAAAGUACAACCUGGGAAUAUACACAGAAGCCCAAAUGAUUAUUUGGAGGCGGAACAGGUACUGCUCGCAGCUGAUGGGGUGCGGCUCUUCCCAUGCACCGGCUUCUUUAGAGCGGAUCGGUGUCCUGAAGCGACUGUCUGUGGUCCAUGCCUUCCCAUUUCUCCGGGGGGUGGGGGAGAAGCCAGGGAGUGAAGGAGGUGAGGACAGGUGACCCCCCUAGGCCCGAAGUCACCCCAGGCCUCAAAACCAAAUUUCCCCUUUCUCUCGUCUACAACAGCUUUUCUCUGCUCUUCUCUGCUUUCUCACAAGAUGCUGCUGCAUUAGCAAAAGGUUAUUUUUUAUGAGUACAAGAAGGCUUCAAAAAGCUAAUGAAUAGGCUCUGUCAAUGCCAGGAAUAAGCAGGUCUGGGAACUGAGUCUUAUCUCAUCCAGUUGCAACACAUCUUGGACAUGCUGAACGCAAGGCUUCUCAACCCCCUUGGCUUCUCAUCCCCCUUUCCUGGGAAGGGCGCCAAGAGUCCCAAGAGUCCCAGGACAGGAGCUUUCUGUUCAUGAGACUUCCGGGUUGGUGCCUCCGGUAAUGGCGGAAUUCCUCUGAUCGGGAGGAAUUUGCCCCUUGGGAAUCUGGGUCUGGCCGCCACGGCGAAGGCGGAGACCCACAAAAAAUCACAGGCGGGAGAAGCCUGUGAAUGUGGGAUUCGGCGGGCACCCUUUGCGCCUCCCCUACUCGUGGGGAAACCCGGUUUCGGGGGUCCGGAGCGACGUGGGGUGAGUGGUGCGGUGCUUCGAAUCGUCUGCUCCUUCCACGGAGCGAAGCAGCAUAGCUGUUGCCGGAGAGCGCUGACUUUUUCCUGUGGACAAUUUGUCUUCAAAGUAAUUACCUGUAAGUAGAGCUGAAGCGGGAGAACUGGAUUUUUAAACGUUUAAUUUGGUAUCGUAACGGGGAGGUUCAAUACAGGAAGUCCGCCUUCCCCUUUUGUAAAUAGACUGAAGCAAUGAGGCUGCAAGCUGAAGUCUUGGAAAGCCUUUUGUAAAAGACUAAAUUUCCAUCGGUAAAGAACAUUAAACCCCCCCUUGGAGGCAGGAGAAGAGGGGGGGAAGUUGUGGACUGAGUAUGCCUGCAGGAGAGAGCGAAGAGAGCUAAAAUACCGCCGCUCCGACCCUGGGAACGGGCUGCUAGCAGGACUGACAUCUUUUGGAAUGUUCAUUGACAGUGUUUAGAACAUUCAUUGACAGCUAGCUAAAUAAGAGAAAUACAUUGUUUCUACUGUCUCCGGCUGCUUUUAAAAAAGGAGUAAAAGUAACUGAAAACUGAAACUAACUUUGGAUUGUUUGAACUGUGUUUAAAAGAGGACAUUACUGACUAAUAUAAAAAGAAACUACAGCAACUUGACUUCUCCAACACAGCUUCUUGUGCAAGAGGACCGUGUUCAGGCCUAGCCCUAGCUAUUCCACCCCCUGAAGGGAUCCCUCUAUACUGCUUCACAAUUUCUUCGGAGACUAAGCGAAGGGCUUUUACCUGUGCCCGUCUAAACUGUUUUCCUACAGCAGUUCUGUCGGGUCGUUAUUCCAGAGUUCCCAUCGCAAACAGAACAUGCUCCUGUAAUGACACGGCCCUGGAGACUAUGGAACAUGUAAUGCUCUUCUGUCCCAACUGGACAGAUGAAAGAUCUCGGUUUUAACUCCCCUCGUGAAUAAGUUCCAUCUCCCAAUCCAGCCUUGGAUAGUGUCCCUCUUUUUGCAGGAUUCUGAUUGUUGGAUUACUGAGAUGACAGCUAACUUCCUGCUUAGUGUGAUGAAGAGGAAAGCGGCACUAACUUCUUCCUUAACACCACAGAUGCAGUCGAUACGCCGCACAACCGAGCGAAGUUCAAAGUAGCCUUAUUGUACAAGGACAAUCGAGUUGGGACUAAUCUGAGGAGCUGAAGGACCCUUUAACGGUCCUCCUCCAGCCUCAGCAGCUUUUUUUUUUUUUUUUCACUUUCUUUAAGUAUUCGCCCAGGACGAUGUCUACCUCUACCUCCCCACCCCCAUUUUAUGUUGUUAUUUUAAUGUAUAUCAUGCUAUGGCCACUCGGCUAAUGCAAUAAAUAAAUCUAUCAUACCCAAAUAGAAACUGUUUCCCCCUAGUAGAAGCCUUUGAACUGGUGACUUUACAAGAGCUGGGCUAGGGGAAUUUCCAGCUGCAAGAUAAAAACUCUGAGACUCUGGGACUGACCUUGAAUCUUUUAAGUGUUAUGGCAAAUGGAAAGGAAAAAAACAGACCAGUUAACUGCUGAAAAAACAUUAAGGUCUGGGAGAACUUGGCAGCAACCCAGGAGAGGCUCAACACCAGGCCUCCCUGCUGCUUCUUCUGCUGCUUCUGCACCAGUACAAUCAAAUUCAAGAGGAAUGUCGACAGAAGAGGCCUUAGCGGUUGCAUUAAAUAAGAUAAAUGAUUCAUUGGAACAGCUUAAUAAGAAAGCGGAUGUGACAAAUGCGAAAGUGGAUGCUGCAACUAUUAAAAUCGACUUAAAUACAGAAAGUAUAAAUAACCUGGGACAAAAGGUGAACACCAACAUAGAAACCAUCCAGAAACUGAUACAGGAAUCUACUUUGAUACGGCAGACUGCGGAGGAAGCUAGCGAGAAAGCCAUUGCUGCUGAAUGUAAAGUAACACAACUGGAGAGAGAGUCCCAGCCCUACAGAGGCAACUUGAUGAACAUAAGUUGACGCUUGCUAUGAUUGAACUUAAAGAAAAACAGAUGAAUCUGAGGAUUAGAGCUCUACCCGAAUUGGAGAAGGAAAGUUUGACAGACUUUCUCACACAGGAAUUUGCUGACUUUUGGGACUUGGACUUGGGUCAAGAAGAGUUUAGAAUUGUGAGGGCCUUCAGACUUGGAAGAGGAGGGGAAAAAAGAGAAGAAUAGAAUAAGAGACUGCUUGAUCACCCUUCAAACUAAAGAAGAGAGAGAUAGAAUCUUGAGCUGGCACUACCAGAAGAACUUAGAAGUACAACAGUCAAGAGUGGAAAUUUUUAAAGACGUCCCGAAACAUCUUUUGGAUCUUAGGCCUAACUACGGAGAUAUUUUUGCUCUGCUGAGAAGGAAUAAAAUCAUCUUUAGGUGGGAGUUUCCCCAAGGUCUAUCGUUCAAUUUCAAAGGAAGGAAAAUAAAAAUAAGAUCAGUAGAAGAGAAAGUAAAGUUUUUGUAUAAAUACGAAGAAGAUCUGCAGAAGGAACUUGGAAAAGAGCCAAGAGCGUUGGAUAGAAGAUCACCAGAUAGAGGACUAGAGCAAGGAGCAUCGGAUAGAAGAUCACCAAACAGGGUAAUAUUGGAUAUAUCAGCAUUAUCCUUUGGAUUGGAUCUCCCAGUGAACGUGUCACCACCACCACCAACAAAAGAAGAGCAAGCAUUGGGUGCAGUUGGAGGAAUAUCAACGUAAUUACAUGAUGGCGUUGCAGGUUUUGAGCUGGAAUGUGAAUGGACUGAACUCUCCAGAAAAAAGGCGGAGAGUCUUUCAUUUAUUGAAAAAAGAACAUUUGGACUUGAUUUGUUUACAAGAAACACAUAUGAUAAGGCUACACAGGAAAAUAUAGAGUAAUAAAAGACUGGGCCAAGAAUUUAUCUCAUCAGACAAAGUUAAAAAAAGAGGAGUGGUCCUUUAUGCAAAGGAGAGCCUAUCACCGAAAUUCAUAUUCAAAGAUGACCAAGGAAGAUUUGUUGCAAUUGAAAUUCAAUCACAAGGAGAGAAAUUUCUGAUCGUAGGUAUUUAUGCACCAAAUGAAGGAAAAUCGGAGUUCUUUAAGAAGCUACAUGAGACUCUGAUGGACUACAUGGACUAUAAUAUGAUCUUGAUGGGAGACAUGAAUGGAGUGGUGUCUACAAAUAUGGACAAGGCACAGAGACAGGUAGUCACCAAAGAUGGCAGACUACCAAAAACCUUUUUCGACAUGACUGAAAAUUUGGAUUUAGUUGACAUUUGGAGAAUGAAGAACCCUCUGGGAAGAGAGGGAACUUUCUUCUCUGAGGCUAAAGUGACAUGGACAAGAAUUGACCAAAUCUGGGUAACCAGGGGAUUGGCUCCGAAGAUCAGCAAAGUGGAGAUUUGCCCCAAAACUUGUUCUGACCAUAAUGCCGUGAAGAUGGAAAUGAAAUUGAUGCCAAUUGGUUCCUUUAGAUGGAGGAUGAACGAUACUUUGUUCAGGAAUGAAGAGGUGACCAAAAAGGCCCAAAAAACUCUAAGAGACUAUUUCAAGAUAAACAUGAAUACUACAGUGGAAAAAAGAGUGAUUUGGGACGCAAGCAAAGCGGUUAUGAGAGGAUUAUUAAUACAAUAGAAUGCAAUUAAGAAAAGAACUCAGAAUGAAAAAAAGGAUAAAAUCCUGGGGAAAAUAAAGGAAGGAGAGAAGAAACUGAGAGCAAAACCAAAGUCACAGGAGAUCUUGAAAGAGAUAAAGUUAUACCAAGUACAAUAUAUGAAGCUGAUGAAUCAGGAAAUAGAAUGGAAGAUUAAACAGAUGAGGCAAAAGACAUUUGAAUCGGCAAAUAAGUGUGGAAAAUUGUUGGCCUGGCAAAUGAAAAAAAGACAAAAACUCAAUACUAUUACGAAUUUGGAAGUGGAAGGAAAGAAUAUACAGAACCCAGUGGAGAUCAGGAAGUGUUUUCAGAGGUAUUUUAAACAACUUUAUACACAGGAGAAGCAGAAAGAAAUGGACAUUGACCGAUUUUUGAAAAUAAAUGUACUACAUAAAAUCUCUCAGGAAAAACAGCUAAUGUUGAACUACAAAAUAACGGAUUAGGAGGUGGAAGGGGCCAUUCAGAACAUGCAAUUAAGUAAAUCUCCAGGACCAGAUGGUUUGACCUCAAGAUAUUACAGAUCUUUGAAAGAAUGGUUAAUACAACCAUUGAAGGAAGUCUGUAAUGAAAUAUUGGAAGGGAGAAAGGCACCAGAGUCGUGGAAGGAAGCUUACAUUACACUUAUACCGAAAACAGAGACUGAAAAGACACAGCUCAAGAACUACCGCCUCAUAUCGUUGCUUAAUGUGGAUUACAAAUUUUUUGCAGAUAUUUUGGCUAAAAGAUUAAAAAAGGUGUUAGUAGAAGAAAUUCAUAAAGACCAAGCAGACUUUCUCCCGGGCAGACACUUACUUGUCUGACAAUAUGAGGAAUAUAAUUACUAUUCUAGAAAAACUACAAGUGAAUAUCAGUACUAAGGCAGUUUUGAUAUUUGUGGAUGCAGAGAAAGCCUUUGACAACAUCUCUUGGAGUUUUAUGAAGAAGAAUAUACAGGGGAUGGGGGUAGGUCAAGGUUUUGAAAACAGUAUAGGUGCAAUUUAUUCAGAACAAAAGGCAAAAUUGUGAACAAUGUAGUGACAGAAGAGUUUAAGAUUGAGAAAGGGACACGACAAGGUUGCCCAAUUUCUCCAUUGCUUUUUAUAUCGGUCCUUGAGGUGUUGUUAAAUAUGAUUAGAAAGGACAAAGAGGUUAAAGGUAUACAAGUGGGAGCUAAACAGUACAAACUGAAAGCAUUUGCUGAUGACUUAGUAUUGACUUUACAGGAGCCAGAAUCUAGUACUCAAAGGGUAUUGGAACUGAUCCAAAAAUUCGGACAGGUAGCAGGUUUUAAGUUGAACAAGAUGAAAACUAAGGUUUUAGAGAAAAAUUUAACUGUGAAUGAGAGAGAGAAGUUUCAGGAGGAGACAGGACUAACAUUGGUUAAGAAAGUGAAAUACUCAGGGGUUAACAUGACUGCCAAAAAUGUGAAUUUAUAAAUAAAUGUGAAUUUAUUUAAGGAUAACUAUGAAAAAUGUUGGAUUGAAAUGAAAAAGGAUUUAGAAAUAUGGACAAAUUUGAAGUUAUCAUUGUUAGGCCGAAUUGCUGUGAUAAAAAUGAAUGUAUUGCCAAGGAUGUUGUUUUUAUUUCAAACAUUGCAAAUUUUGGAUAAGAUGGAUUGUUUCAAGAAGUUGUUUUAAUAAUGCAUUUGGCUGGCAUGCAUAUUUGUGGUACGAUAAGGUAAAAGCACAUAAAGCGUUUAAAAAUCAUAUUGUUAGAAAAGCAUUGUUUAAUGUUUGGAUAAGAUAUAAGGAUUUGUUAGAAAAGAAAACCCCAAGAUGGUUGUCACCAAUGGAAGCGAAUGCACAGAAAAAACUCAAUAUGGAGGCCAAAUGGCCGAAAUAUUGGGAAAUUCUGGAACAAGAUAGAGACAGAAUAAAAUUGCAGAGCUUUGAAAAAUUGAAAAAUAAAGUGCGAGAUUGGCUCCAUUAUUACCAAAUAAUGGAGGCAUACAAUUUGGACAAAAAAGUUGGUUUCCAGGUGGAAGAAUCAAAAUUGGAAACAGAAUUGUUAGAGCCAAAAAUCAAGAAUCUGUCAAGAAUGUAUAACUUGCUGUUGAAAUGGAACACUCAGGAUGAAAUGGUGAAAUCAGCUAUGAUUAAAUGGGCACAAGAUGUUGGACAUAACAUAAUGAUGGCUGACUGGGAACAGUUAUGGACCACAGGUAUGAAAUUCACGGCAUGUAAUGCCCUAAGAGAAAAUUUAAUGAAAAUGAUUUAUAGGUGGUACAUGACACCAGUCAAGCUUGCAAAAAUUUACCAUUUGCCCGAUAAUAAAUGUUGGAAAUGUAAUGAGACUGAAGGCACAUUCUUUCACCUUUGGUGGACAUGCCCAAGGAUUAAGACAUUCUGGGAGAUGAUUUAUAACGAAAUGAAAAAGGUAUUCAAAUACACCUUCCUGAAGAAACCAGAGGCCUUUCUCCUGGGCAUGGUUGGCCAAUUGGUGCCAAAGAAGGAUAGAACUCUUUUUAUGUUAUGCAACAACAGCAGCAAGAAUACUCAUCGCGAAGUAUUGGAAGACACAAGAUUUACCCACCCGGGAAGAAUGACAGAUGAAGUUGAUGGACUACAUGGAAUUGGCGGAAAUGACUGGCAGAAUCCGAGACCAGGGAGAAGAGUUGGUGGAAGAAGACUGGAAAAAGUUUAAAGCCAAUUUCAGAAAUACUGUAAAAUUAAUGAAUGUUAGAACAAUGUUGGAAUGAAGUUAUAUGGCUCUAGUAGAAAUGUUAUAAGGAAUUAAGUAUAAAUACAUAAUAGAGUGUUAAAGGAAAAAAUAAGGUUAGAAUGUGAAGAUAAUUAUAGGAUAGAAAACAGAGGAAGAUGGAAAGGAAUUGCUGAAACAAUUAAUAGAAGUGGAAUACAAAAAGGGAGGUGUGAGGAGGUCAUGGAAAUAAGUGAAUGAGAGAUAAGAUAUUGAAAUUAUGUGAUGUGUUUUAAACUGUUUUUGUUUUGUUUUGUUAGUUUAAUGUGUUAAUGUUAUGUGUUAGUAUUAGUAUUAGUGUUAUGUAGUGUUUUUGUAUUGCAUUGUAUUGUCCAUUUUUUUUCUUUUUUGUAGUGUUUAAAAUGUUGGAAAAGCAAUAAAUAUUAUUAUUAUUUUUUUAAAAAAAGAGCUUUCUGUUCAUGCUCAGGGAAACUCAUAGAAUCAUAGAAUCAUAGAGUUGGAAGAGACCACAAGGGCCAUCGAGUUCAACCCCCUGCCAAGCAGGAAACACCAUCAGAGCACUCCUGACAUAUGGUUGUCAAGCCUCUGCUUAAAGACCUCCAAAGGAGACUCAUGAGGCAGGACUCCUGAGGAGGGGGAGAAGGGGGAGGGAACUGGAGGGGAAUAUAUGCUCUGUGCAAAUGGCUGUGAACUUGUGCUUGUUUGUGAAGUUAUCACUCUAGCUCCUUCUACCAAUCCCGGAUGGUAGAAAUAAAGCUUUUUCUCUGAAAUUAUCCCUUGAGUGCCUGUUUGACUCCCCUUUCCCUCUCUCGGGUGCAAUGCUCUUCCCACCCGAGGGCAAAGCCUGAAAAGGCUACAGGAGUUGUGGCGUCCUCAGGCACAGAGGUUUUCCAGGUAGCUAGUCCCAGGGUCCACUUCUGCAGGCAGCGCACCUCCACCCGCACACAAGACAAGCCGCCUGCAGGAGUCGACUCCUGCAAAGUGGCCCAGCAAGGGGAGAUCCUUCCAGCAAGGUUUCAGGGCAGACCUUCAGCCAGACCUAGUCUGUCCUGGGAUCCACCCAUAAUGAGAAAACUAAAACAAAACUAUUCACACAAAAGGCAGGCCUUACAUCCAGGCUUUUACUGACCGUACAUUAAAAGACCUUUUCACAAGAGAUAUUGAAGAUAAUAAAACACAGCACCCAGAAUUAGGAAGAGAUAACCAGGCUGGAAUAGUAGAUCAUGUCAGAUCAUUUUCCUCCACAAAUUUUACAAUAUUCUUCCGCGGUAUCCACUUCCUCCCCCCUUGGAUCUACAUGAGCUUGCUAUUUCCAGGUCUGUCAAAUAUUUGGUCAUCCUUCUCACUCUGAGUAAAAAGACUUCCUCAUUUCAAUGUUUACAAAUAAAAAUACAAUACCAAAUACUUUGAAUCAUUCCCAGAUUCUGUCAAUAUCCAGGGUAAUAUUUCCCAAUUGCUAAAUUUCCAGCAAUCAAAACUGGAAUAUCAUAUUCCAGUCUUAAUAGAUUACCUAAAAAUGACAAUUUCUUAUCCAGAGAUUCUAUUUAUUUUUUUUAAAUAAUUUUUUAUUGAUUUUUCCAUGGAUUCUACUUCUAACAAUAUAUCUUUAACAAUUUUUCAUAUUUCGACCCUCCUCCCCUGGACUUCCCUCGUACUCACAUUUUGUUUUAUUUCCCUAUUGUUCACCUUGCGUAUUUGAUGUUUCCCCAAAAUUUCCUCAAUACAUAUAGUCUUAUUUUUUGUUGUAGACAGUUGUGAUUGUUCACUCAAACCCUGCCAAUGAGUCCAUUUCUUUAUGUUGCCUCUUCAUAUAUGUUGUAAAUGGUUCCCUUUCUCUUUUAAAGACUUUGUUGUCCUUUUCAUGUAAUUUUUCUGUUAGUUUUGCCGGUUUUGCAUAUUCCAUAAGUUUCCCUUGCCAUUGUUCUUUCGUUGUUAUUUCUUGUGUCUUCCAAGUUUGUGCUAAUAAAAUUCUUGCCGCUGUUGUUGCAUACAUAAAUAAUUUCCAAUUUUCUUUUUUUACAUCUUGGUCUAAAAUUCCUAGAAGGAAUGCUUCUGGUUUCUUAACAAAAGUCUUUUUAAACAUUUUUUUGAAUUCAUUAUAUAUCAUUUCCCAAUAAUUCCUAAUCUUUUUGCAUCUUGCAGGAUGACUUUUUUUCUAAAAAGAAAAAAGAAAAACAAGAUCUACCCCUCAUACGAGGAUGAGGCCCCUGUCCUACUGCCGGCAUUGGCGAAGCCUUCAACAUCAGCCACAGAGGACAGGAGGAAAAAUCAAGUUGCACCCAAAAACAAGAUCUACCCCUCAUAUGAGGACGAGGCCCCUGUCCUACUGCCAGCAUUGGCAAAGCCUACACCAUCAGCGGCAGAGGCCAGGGCGGCAGAGGCCAGACCCCUAGUCUUGCCAGGGCUGGCGCAGCCCCGGACCAGCAAGCAAGACCCAAGCCAGCAGCGGCCCUCAAAAAAGAAGAGCCUUGAGGACUCUGGGCCAGCGUUCCCAGGUGAGUAGGCAGAACCAGAUCCCUUUUGGGUUCCCCUUGGCCUUAGACUUGGUGUUUACCUCUACGGAUGUUGGUGAUCUGACACUAACUAAAAGCGAAACAAAAGAAGUGCCAUGGUCAGAUCACUUCCUGGUGCAACUGGACUUCUCCGCAACCCUUCCCCUCUGCAGGGAGGUGGGACCGAUUUGGAUGGUCCUCCCCCACUACUUAAUGGAUCCAACUGGUUUCCAGAGAGUGGUAGGGGAUGUUUUAUCCCAAGUUGAUGGCCUCUCAGCUGAUUCCCUGGUGGCCCGUUGGAAUGCGGAGUUAACCAGGGCUAUUGACUGUCUGGCUCCGAAGCGCCCUCUCCGAUUGCAUGGAGCCCGGACAACUCCGUGGUUUUCCCCAGAGCUGAGGGCGAUGAAACAAUCGUUGAGACGGCUAGAGCGCUGCUGGUGGAAAACUCACUCUGAAUCAGACUGGACACGGGCUAGAGCUCAACGUCAAGCCUACCAAGUGGCAAUGGCGACGGCGAAGAGGGCCUUCUUCGCCGCCUCCAUUGCAUCUGCAGAAAACAGCAGCAGGAGACUUUUUCAGGUGGUUCGCAAUCUAUCGGAACCACCUGCACCACCGGGGCCUGGUAGGGAUCCCAAGAUCUCCUGCAAUGCUUUUGCAAAGUUUUUUGCAGAUAAAGUCACUCAGAUUCAGAAGGAGGUAGACUCCACCAUGGGAGCAGGGCCAGGGCGGGAGAGUGCUAGAGUUCUGCCUAGUCCUGUUACAUGGUAUCAAUUCCAAUCUCUUACCUCCGAGGAUGUGGACAGGCUGCUUGGACAAGUGAAACCGACCACCUGUCUCCUUGAUCCUUGCCCAUCCUGGCUGAUAAAAGCGAGCCGGGAAGGGCUGGGCGAUGGGCUCUGCGGGGUGGUGAAUGCUUCUCUCUGUGAGGGAGCCUUCCCAGACCUGCUGAAAGAGGCGGUCAUUAAACCGCUUCUUAAAAAAACAUCUUCAGACCCAGCCAAUUUGGCCAACUAUCACCCAGUCUCAAAUUUACCAUUCUUGGGCAAGGUGAUUGAGCGCGUGGUUGCUGAACAACUCCAGGCACGCCUGGAGGAUGCGGACCAUUUGGAUCCCUUCCAAUCGGGAUUCAGGCGUCACCAUGGGACUGAUACUGCCUUAUAGAAUCAUAGAAUCAUAGAGUUGGAAGAGACCACAAGGGCCAUCGAGUCCAACCCCCUGCCAAGCAGGAAACACCACCAGAGCACUCCUGACAUAUGGUUGUCAAGCCUCUGCUUAAAGACCUCCAAAGAAGGAGACUCCACCACACUCCUUGGCAGCAAAUUCCACUGUCAAACAGCUCUUACUGUCAGGAAGUUCUUCCUAAUGUUUAGGUGGAAUCUUCUUUCUUGUAGUUUGGAUCCAUUGCUCCGUGUCCGCUUCUCUGGAGCAGCAGAAAACAACCUUUCUCCCUCCUCUAUGUGACAUCCUUUUAUAUAUUUGAACAUGGCUAUCAUAUCAUCCCUUAACCUCCUCUUCUCCAGGCUAAACAUGCCCAGCUCCCUUAGCCGUUCCCCAUAAGGCAUCGUUUCCAGGCCUUUGACCAUUUUGGUUGCCCUCCUCUGGACAUGUUCCAGUUUGUCAGUGUCCUUCUUGAACUGUGGUGCCCAGAACUGGACACAGUACUCCAGGUGAGGUCUGACCAGAGCAGAAUACAGUGGCACUAUUACUUCCCUUGAUCUAGAUGCUAUACUCCUAUUGAUGCAGCCCAGAAUUGCAUUGGCUUUUUAGCUGCCGCAUCACACUGUUGGCUCAUGUCAAGUUUGUGGUCAACCAAGACACCUAGAUCCUUUUCACAUGUACUGCUCUCAAGCCAGGUGUCCCCAUCUUGUAUUUGUGCCUCUCAUUUUUUUGCCCAAGUGCAAUACUUUACAUUUCUCCCUGUUAAAAUUCAUCUUGUUUGUUUUGGCCCAGUUCUCUAAUCUGUCAAGGUCGUUUUGAAGUGUGAUCCUGUCCUCUGGGGUGUUAGCCACCCCUCCCAAUUUGGUGUUGUCAGGGGUUCAGGGAGAGAUGCACAGGGUAGGCAGGAGAUGGAGAGCGAAGGGGAUGAAUCCCAAGCCAGCGAGGAAGAGGAUGACAAUGACUCAAGAGAUUCCAUGAGUCUUUCCAGCGAAUCAGAGGAUUCCCAGAAGGGGGGGCCGGUGGUCAAGGCCAGGGGAGCCCCAGGGGGGACGUGUCAGGAGCAGGGGGCCAGCGGAGGAUCCCAAAGUGGCAGCUGGGCGUCAGGACCAGCCUCCCCACCAGAGUGCAGCGAAGGGGGUGGAGUUUCCAGUGUGUCAGGGGAAGCAGCUCCGGCAGCAGAGAAGGGAGGGAGGUCAGAGCAAGCCGCCCUCCCGGAAGGGGAGGGAGCAGUGAAGGGAGUAGUGUAACUGUCUAAAGUAAUGUUUGUGGUGUUGGGCGCGCGCCAAGUUCAAAUGUAGAGGCGCGCGGAAGUACAGGGAGCCCGGAGGAGGGGCCAGGUCCCAAAGCCCGCAGGAGGGGGGAAGAGCAGUCUGAUUCCGCGUCAGAGGAAUCCAGGAGGGGCGAAACCCAGCGGGCAGAAGGACCCUGCGGAAAAGGAAAGAGAGAAAGAGGUGGAGCAGCGCAAGCCUCUUAAAUUGGUGCAGGGGAGGGACGGAUUCAGAGGGGACUUCAGCGGUCUAAGCGUAGCAGACGUAGGGCUGCGCGCCUAGGAUGUCAAGCAAACAAUGAACUGCAAUAAACACUUUUGUAUAUAAGAAGACAUAGGCGUUGGUCUUUUGUGAGCUGAGACUUGAGGCAGCCCUGACAGGUGUCAUUUGCAAAUUUGAUCAGGAUGCCCUUGAGUCCGUCAUCCAAGUCGUUGAUAAAGAUGUUGAAUAAGAUCGGGCCCAAGACAGAACCCUGUGGCACCCCACUAGUCACUCUUCUCCAGGAUGAAGAGGAACCAUUGAUGAGCACCCUUUGGGUUCGGUCAGUCAGCCAGUUACAAAUCCACUGAGUGGUAGCAUAGUCAAGACCGCAUUUUACCAGCUUCUUUACAAGAAUAUCAUGAGGCACCUUGUCAAAUGCCUUGCUGAAAUCAAGGUAGGCUACAUCCACUGCGUUCCCUUCAUCUACCAGGCUUGUAAUUCUGUCAAAAACGAGAUCAGGUUAGUCUGACAUGACUUAUUUUUCAGAAAUCCAUGCUGACUAUUGGUGAUCACAGCAUUCCUUUCUAGGUGCUCACAGACUGUUUGCUUAAUGAUCUGCUCCAGAAUCUUCCCUGGUAUUGAUGUCAGACUGACUGGGCGGUAAUUAUUUGGGUCCUCUCUUUUCCCCUUUUUGAAAAUAGGGACAACAUUUGCCCUCCUCCAGUCUGCCGGGACUUCGCUUGUUCUCCAGGAAUUCUCAAAGAUGACUGCCAGUGGUUCUGAGAUCACAUCUGCCAGUUCUUUUAAUACUCUUGGAUGCAGUUCAUCUGGCCCUGGAGACUUGAAUACAUCUAAACUAGCCAAGUAUUCUUGUACUAUCUCCUUAGUUAUUCUGGGCUGUGUUUCCUCUGCUGAAUCAUUUGCUCCAAAUUCUUCAGGUCGGGCAUUGUUUUCUUUAUCGGAGAAGACUGAGGCAAAGAAGGCAUUGAGGAGUUCAGCCCUUUCUGUGUCCCCUGUUUGCAUUUCACCAUCUUCUCCUCUGAGUGACCCCACUGUUUCUUUGUUCUUCCUUUUGCUACGAACAUACCCAUAAAAGCCUUUUUGUUGCUUUUAACCUCUCUAGCAAGCCUGAGUUCAUUCUGUGCUUUAGCUUUUCUGACUUUGUGUCUACACGUGCUGGCUAUUUGUUUGAAUUCCUCUUUGGUGGUUUCCCCCCUUUUCCAUUUUUUGUACACAUCCUUUUUUAAUCUUAACUCAGUUAAAAGUUCUUUAGAUAGCCACCCUGGCUUCUUUAGGCACCUUCCAACCCUCCUCUUAGGUCUGGUCGGGGUUCUUCCAUGAGCUGUCCGCUCCAAGGUCGCCUGCACAUUACCUGAUGACUGACUUUGCUGCUCGUCUUCAUAUACCUGAUCGACUGUAAUGAGGGAGAGAUCCUCAAAUGGAGUCUGCUCUUCGUCUUCCAUGCUAGGGGAGAGGACCUCAAAGCGAUUGUGUAUUUCUAAAUACGCUGGUUGGUCGCGCUGGUUGAUGAUCUCCGGUGAGCUAGGGACAAAGGUGAGAGCUGUUUCCUAGUUCUGCUGGAUCUCUCAGCGGCCUUUGACAGCAUCGACCAUAACAUCCUUCUGGACCGUCUAGAGGGGCUGGGAGCUGGGGGCACUGUUAUACGGUGGUUCCGCUCCUUUCUCCUGGGCUGUGCCCAGAAAGUGGUGUUGGGGAAUGAGUGUUCAGACCCCUGGUCUCUCACUUGUGGGGUGCCUCAGGGUUCCGUCCUCUCCCCCAUGCUUUUUAAUAUCUAUAUGAAGCCGCUGGGAGAGAUCAUCAGGGGGUUUGGGCUGGGUGUUCAUCAGUAUGCAGAUGACACCCAGCUCUACCUCUCCUUUAAAUCAGAACCAGUGAAGGCGGUGAAGGCCCUGUGUGAGUGCCUGGAGGCGGUUGGAGGAUGGAUGGUGGCUAACAGAUUGAGGUUGAAUCCUGACAAGACUGAAGUCCUGUUUUUGGGGGACAGGGGGCGGGUGGAUGUAGGGGAUUCCCUGGUCCUGAAUGGGGUAACUGUGCCCCUGAAGGACCAGGUGCACAGCCUGGGAGUCACUUUGGACUCACAGCUGUCCAUGGAGGCGCAGGUUAAUUCUGUAUCCAGGGCAGCUGUCUACCAACUCCACCUGGUACGCAGGCUGAGACCCUACCUGCCUGGGAACUGUCUCACUAGAGUGGUGCAUGCUCUAGUUAUCUCCUGCUUGGACUACUGCAACGCACUCUACGUGGGGCUACGUUUGACGGUGACCCAGAAACUGCAAUUAAUCCAGAAUGCGGCAGCUAGACUGGUGACUGGGAGCGGCUGCCUGGACCACAUAACACUGGUUCUGAGAGAUCUGCAUUGGCUCCCAGUACGUUUCUGGGCACAAUUCAAAGUGUUAAAGCCCUAAACGGCCUCGGUCCAGUAUACCUGAAGGAGCCUCUCCACCCCCAUCGUUCAGCCUGGACACUGAGAUCCAGCGCCUAGGGCCUUCUGGUGGUUCCCUCAUUGUGAGAAGUAAGGUUACAGGGAACCAGACAGAGGGCCUUCUCGGCAGUGGCGCCCACCCUGUGGAAUACCCUCCCUUCAGAUGUGAAGGAAAUAAGUAGCUACCCUAUCUUUAAAAGACAUCUGAAGGCAGCCCUGUUUAGGGAAGUUUUUAACAUUUAACGCUGUAUUGUUUUUAAUACUUGAUUGGGAGCCGCCCAGAGUGGCUGGGGAAACUCAGCCAGAUGGGCGGGGUAUAAAUAAUAAAUUAUUAUUAUUAUGAUACAAGGCCGGGGUCUCUCUUGGUUUCCUUGAUGUCUGGGUGCAAAUCCCCCUCCUUGUUAAGAGGCGUGUAACAUGGAGCAGGGACUUCCGGGUGGCUGUUCUGCAUUGCUGGGGGUUGGACUAGGUGACCCCGCAGGUCCCUUCAGACGCUACAGUUCUAUGAUCCCUGUUCAGAUAUGGCAUGCACCCGCUCAUUGCAACAGGCGAGAAGCCCCCUGAGAAAGAACUUGCCGUCUUUUCUCGUGUAUAAGACGAGGUUUUUUACCCCCCAAAUCAAGUGUCAAAUUGGGGCUCCUCUUCUACAGGGGGAGUGCUGAGGGGGGACGGGUGCUUGGUUGUAGCCGCCAGGAAGAGAUUUCCAGCCAUGAUUUCUUUGCUGUGGAAAGGGCUGUUGUCGACUGGCAGACGAUAGGUGACUUGGUGGUUGAUGCGUGCAAUUGUGCAAUUUGAUUAAUGGCUCCCUCCCCCCAAAUGAAGCUCAACCACUCUGGGCAACCCCUCCCCAAAAAAGCUUAACAAGUCUUGGCAAUCUGCCCCCAUUUUCUAAAUUUUGAGUGCCCAAAAAUAGGGGGCGUCUUAUACAUGGGGGCGUGUUAUACAGGGAAAAAUACGGUACCUUUCCCUCUCAUCCACCUCAUUUACUCACCUCUCUCUCUCUCUCUCUCUCUCUCUCUCUCUCUCUCUGAAGAACUCUCUGAUGAAAACUUCGAGUACUUGUGGAUGGGUAAGAAAAUGCUGGGAGGAAGAACCAUCAGAGAAGCCUUGGAGAUGAUGGAUGAAAGGGAGAUUUUGGACACCAUCCUCCAACACCUCCAGCCAGCUCCCCAGGUGUGUGUGAUGCAGGGUGGAUUUGAUUGAAAUCAAAUCAAUUUAAAACAUAUUUUUACAUUCUUGCUUGUAUAAUCUUAAUAUUUACAACCAGAUGAAGGUUUCAUUUUGGGAAUAAUAAAUUUCCAGAGUAGUUUUUACUACUGAUUUGGUUAUACUGUUAGGAAUGCAUAGACAGAUAAUUAUGAAAUUAUUGUGGGGUAUAAUAAGUUAACUGUGUACAGACGCUUCAGGUUACAUACACUUCAGGUUACAGACUCCGCUAACCCAGAAAUAGUACCUCGGGUUAAGAACUUCCAUCGGCUCAGGGGCGAGAGGGGAAAAGCCGGGUGGGUUACAGAGAGCCCCCAAAGAUCAUGGGAAGCAGCACUUCCUCAGCGGAGGAAGGGGAGGAGAUGCAGGGGUCGGAGGAGGCAAGGCGGUGCCAGGACACCUUGCCUGAGCAAAGCGGGGAGGAGGGGGGUCCCCCAUUACCCAAGCCUUCCUUGCGCAGUAGGCUUCCACGCAGAGAGGGGAGGCGCAGACUGGGCGCCAAGAAAUUACUCUGCUGGGGAAGGUUGAAGGGCCGCCCACUCUCAGAUUCUGCCCGUGAAUGAGCAAGACACGGAAUAGAGGCCCUCUGCAUUCUAAAAGUUUUGAUCACUAAGAAGAAAGCUGGAAAACAGACUCUUGAGCCAUAUUGCCUGAUUGCUCUCAAGCAACCAACCGAUACCUCUAACAGUGGUGCUUCAGGUUAAGAACAGUUUCAGGUUAAGAACAGACCUCCGGAACGAAUUAAGUUCUUAACCUGAGGUACCAUUGUAUAUUUGGACAACUUUUCUGCUGUACCUUAUUGGAAGGAGAAAAAUAAUCAUUUCCUUAAAAAGAAUUUAAACAAUUUAUUUAAUUAAAACAAUAACAUUAUAGCUUAUAUAUCCAUGUUUCUUAACUGAUGUAGUUAAACAUUUUUUAAAAAAAAAAUUCAUAGACUGAAUUUUAGCAUAUAUGAAAAACUUAAAAUAAAUCCUUACUUCCCAGUGAAUAGCCUUUGGACUAUAAUGCAACUUAAAUAGAAAAAUAUAUUCCGAAAGAUUUUUCCUCCAAAAGCAUUUUAUUUUAGAAAUCCAAUUUAAUUUUUUAAAAAAAUGUGAUUUAAAUCAAAGAAAUCUAUUAAAAAUAAUAAUGGGUCAUUGAUUUUUAUCCACCCUGGUCUGAUGUUGCGCAGCGUGAACCAGGAUUCCCCAACCUGGUGCCCUCUAAAUGUUCUGGACCAUAUGCUGCCUGGGGCUGGUGGGAGCAUGAAGAAGGGUUCAAGUUGAGGGGAACUGCCAUGAACUAUCACAGGCAAAGGCAAACUCGGCCCUCCAGCUGUUUGGGGACUACAGCUCCCAUCAUCCCUAGCUAACAGGACCAGCGAGUCAGGGGUGAUGGGCAUUGGAGUCCCCAAACAGCUGGAGGGCCGUGUUUGCCUAGGCCUGAACUAUUGGGAGCUCAGCUUGGAGGAAGGCCCUAUUUGCACAUGCAAGAGACGACUUUCCCCUGGUGAGAAGGAGUGGUGACCGCCAGUCUGGGGGGGCUUGAAAAGAGGACCAGGCAAACUUGGGGAAGCAGAGAAGGCAAUCAGUGCAGGAUCUGUAGACCGGAAGAAGAACCAAUCCAUGAACUUGAUUUGGUGGGGUGACUUGGACCCCAGGAAAUGUUGCAUGUUUUUUUCUUUAACUUUUGCAACUGAUCGUUCCCGAUAUCUGGGAACGUUUCAGAACCCGAUAUUGUGCAGUAAAAGUUUUUGUGACUGUAUUGUGCCAAAUGUGGCCAAUAUUUCCUCUUCGCUCUCAAGAGCAGUUAAUUUGCCAGGCCUGGGCAUUUGGCAGAGCAGGCAAGCAAAUACUUUAUGCAACAGAAAAUUUAAUAAAUAAUCAUACUGGGAGUGGUAUUGUCUGUUUGUUAUUAUGGUAUGUAUUUUUGAGUCUUUAUAUUGUAAACCGCCCUGUGAUCUUCGGAUGAAGGGCAGUACCGAAAUUUAAUAAAUAAUAGUAAUAGCCACAAUGCCUAGAUUCUGUUUGUUCAGGGCAGGAAACAAAGUGCUUUAAAUGAAUGGUGUGUCUCCCAGUCCAGAGGAUUUAUUGAAUCUUCUUUGGAGUGUUACUUUAAAAAAGAAGAAGAAUUGAUUGCAAUAGAUUUUACUCCAAAUGAUUUUUGCAAGAAGUCUAUUUCUAGGCAUGUGGGGUUUUUUUUAGAGAAGACAAGUGGCAGAUAGAUGGCAACUGUUCUCUAGACAAGAAACAUGACACUUUUCUUCAUUUUAUUCCCAGCAGAAGACAUCCAAGCCUGAACACAACAAGGUAAGUCCUUGUCGUGAAUUCCUCGCGGCGCUUUUAGCAGAAUGCUCAGAGUCCCAGGUUCUUUAGUGCAGUAUUUAUUAUUGUGAGCUCAAUAUAUAUACAAAUAUCUACAGAAGCAGUUCAUCUAAUCAGACAGAGUACCUGCACCUUGAGGCAAAAGAAGACUCCACACUCAUCUACACCACUCCACCACUAUUGGACAGGCUUCCCUUUUAAACCAGUGACAGCCAAUCACAUUACUGCUGCGUCAUUCUGACCCAGCACUUCCACAGAGAGUAUUGGAUCUGUAGCCUUAUUGGAGUUCACUGAUUGGGUCUGCGUUGCUCCGGGACAGGAGGAAGGAAGCCAAAUGACACCGAGGUUGAUUCAAAGAAGAAAGAGUUUAUUCUGCUCUCCGGAUAGCAGAAGGUACUUGCGUGAUCAAGUCCACAGCAAGUCCAAAGAAAUGACAAGUUUCAUGCAGUAUAUAUAUAUCCUCCAGGCACUCUCUCCAUCCUUCCAACCACAUCAGCCUAUGUACGCAGGUUGACAUCACGUAUGUUCUUGCUCUGGUAUUCUUAACCAUAAAAGGGUGUUCCUUCCUGUACUUCUGACCAUAAAAGGAUCUUCCUCUUCCUACUUUUAUCUGGGAGGAAUAGGUCAUAAUCUCCGGGAACAUGCUCUGGUGCUGUUCCCAGAUUGGGUCUGUGCGUCUUUUGUGGUCAGCACAUAAGAUAAGGCACACACGCAUCAUCCCUGCUCUACUGGAACUUGGCAAGGUCACUCAUUGCCGCCACAGUCUGAUAAGGGAGAGAGCUUCGAGCACAGCUGGGUUUUUGUUUAUACAUUGACUCAGAGCUCAAGUUAAUGGAUUUUAGCUAAGGAAAAAUAGGGAAUUUGGUGCAGUUUUCAAACUGCCUUCACAGUCAGUUUUGGGUUUGGGAAACCCAUUCCUUUACAUCAGCCUGUUGCAAACUGAAGCCUGCAGACUUACUUGCACAGCAUCCUGCAAAUCCCAACACUCCUCCUUAAGUCAAAGGCUUGAGACCUAAUAAUUCUCUUAAGUCUUGAAAUUUAGGACCAUCCAAGCAUUUUGUAUACAAAUCCGCCACAUUACAUUUUGUGUUACAGUGCUGUACCUUUAACACAUUUCUUUCCAAAGCAUUUUUCACAUUUCCGUAUCUUAUAGCAAUAUGUUUACUCUUGCUCUUAACGUUCUGUUGGUUAGCAAGCUGUUGUGCAGUCAUGUUGUCACUUAGCACAGUGAUUGGCAUUUCAGAAGGUAUUCCAAGCUCUUUUGUUAGGCAAGCAAACCACUCUAUUUGUGACACACAUUCACUUAUGGCUGAGUACUCUGCUUCACAAGUACUUGUGGCAACAAAUGUUUGUUUCUGGGAUUUCCACUAAACCAGGGCAUUUCCAAUAUAUAUGGCAUAGCCAGUGGUAGACUUUCCAUUUUCUCUGUCCCCCCAGCUGGCAUCAGCGUAUGCAUACACUUGCUGAUCAUAUCCUGUAUCCAGCACCAGUUUGUAAUCUUUUGUGCCUUUCAGAUACCUUAGGAUUCUUUUAAGUGCUACCCAAUCUCUCUGAGCCAGGUCUGCACUUCUUUGGCUUAACAUGUGCACUGCCAAUGUUAUGUCGGGUCUUGUCCAACAACUUAAAUAUAACAGAGAACCUAACAGAGAAUGAAAUGCUGUUGCAUUCUCACAUUUUUGCCCUUCUGGUUCAUUUUUGUACUGGGUAGUUAUGGGAGUGUCAACCUCACUUGCCCUCUCCAUUCCAUAUGUCUUCAGUAACUUUUCGAUUUUUUCCUUCUGACUCAGAGAGUAGACGCCCUCUUCAUUUCUCCGAACCUCUACUCCUAAGUAAUUCUGAAUCUCUCCCAAAUACUUCACUUUGUAUUUGUUACCUAGGCUGUUUAUAAACCAAGACACUUGCUUUUGUGCAGUUGUUAUUAGACAGAUAUCAUCAACAUACAAAAGUAAAUAACAAACGCUUCCUUGCACCAUUGCUGAAUAUAAACAGGAAUCAGCCAGGCUUUGUUUGAAUCCCAUCUUUUUCAAAGUUGUGUCUAUGCAUUCAUGCCAUAGACGUGCACUUUGGUGUAAACCAUAUAGUGCCCUUUGCAGCUUUAACACCAUGCUGUCUUUUUCCAGCUCAUAACCUGGUAUUUGCUGUAAAUACACCUCGGCGUCCAUAGGAGCAUUUAGAUAUGCUGAGGCAACAUCAAAAUGAUUAACUUUUAACCCCCUCAGACUUGCCAUUGCUAAAACUGAUUUUACUGUUUCAGCCUUUGCUCUUGGGGCAAACACUUCAUCAUAAUAUAUCAUUUUCCUUUGUGUAAAGCCCUUUGCAACCAGCCUGGCUUUCCUCUGACAACUACCAUCAGCCAGCUUUUUCACUUUAAAAACCCACUUACAGCUUAUGGGCAUUUUACCUUCAGGCAAUUCUGUAGGUGUCAGCAUCACCCUUCAGCCAGUGUCACUAACUGGAUUCAUCCACUUCAGCCCCAAAUGGGCUAGGCGAGCUGGGUAGCACUUCCAGAGACCACCUUCUGCACAGGAACAGGUCAAAGUGCUGUGGACUCACAGCUUAGAGUUGUGAGCAUCAGAUUCACUUCCACAAGAAGACAGUCGUUGCACAGCAGAGUAUAGCAGAGUACAGCAGCGCAUAAACGACUCAGAGAGAAGCUCUGUAGAAUAUCUUCUUUAUUCUAUCUACAACUAUAAUACACAACUAUAUACAGAGCUAAAUGAGGUCUAAAUGAAAAUGAAUGCUGAACUGCACUGAGUGUCUGCAGCUGCUCUUAGCAGCAACCUUAUCUAUACACACGAUCUCUCUCUAACACUCAGUCUCUCUCUCCGACACUUUGAUGUGAGGCUGGAGCGGAAUAAGUAGAGAGCAAAAACCGCCCCCUCCUCUCUGGAGAAUCAGCAGAGAACAUCAGCAGAUUCUUGGAUAUGGGAGGGGUGAAAUCUCCUCAGUAGGUACAAACACAUUGUUAUUUAGCAGAGAGUUAUACUCUGCCUGCAUUGCCUUUAACCACACCUCUUUCUCUAGAGUAGGUAACUCUUGCAGUUCUUCAAAGUUUGCUGGCUCAGUUACACAAACCUGGUUUAUGGUGGCUGGGAACCCAUAACGGGCUGGAGGUUGGCCUUUAUUACUUCUUUCAGACCUCCUUGGUUCAUUAAUCUCACCCCUUGGGCUACCUUCAGGACUGCUUUUGGGGUGGAUUGACUCUGGAGAUUUAUCUCCUCCUGUCCCUGUUGCACUUUCUCCCCCACCCCCCCGCUCCAUGCUAGCAGCUGGAGAAAAAUGCUCAGUCUUUACCUCCUCCCUUUCAAUUUCUCUGGGAGAGCUGCCAAUUCUUAGCUUUCUUUCAACGGCCUUAUCAGUUACGCUUGGCAGUAAAACUUUUUCUGGCAGCAGGUUAGCAUGUAUCUUGGGCCAAUUUCUUUGCUCAUUAAAGCUGGCUGACCGACUAUAACUCAAAAGAUUUUUAUCAUCUUCAAACCUGUAGGCUUUCGUACUGCUUUCAUACCCAAGAAAUAGCAACUGCUGUGCCCUUUUCCCACCUUUUCUUCGGUUUUUUUACAGGUAUGUCAACCCAUGCCUUUGUCCAAAAGAUUCUCAAAUGUUGCAAACUGGGACUUUUGUUAUAGAGAAUCUUAUAGGGUAUGUCAUCUAGUACCCUUGACCACAAACAAUUUCCAAUAUAAUUCGCUGUCUUAAUACUCUCAGCCCAGUACUUAAUUGGAAGAUUUGCAUCUGCUAACAAUGCUUUCAUUUGUGUCUGCAAGACACCUCCCCUACGCUCUGCUACUCCAUUCUCCCGAGGAGUCGCCACAUUGGUAAGCCUAUGUUUAAUCCUUGGGAUCGCAACCAGUUUCUUAGGGAGGUUGCCAUAAAUUCUCCUCCCCUGUCUGUCUGAAUAGAGCACACCUUUUGGCCAAGUUGCCUUUCUAUCCUUCUUACCCAGAACUUCAAAGUUUGGGCAACAUCAGAUUUUUGCUUUAAUGGAUAGACCCAGCCAAAUCUAGAAUAGUCAUCCACUAGGAUCAAACAAUACUUGUUAUGGGAGACACUUGGUGGAAAAGGACCAGUUACAUCAGCAUGAACCAACUCCAGUGGUUUUUUUGUUUCUCUCUGGCUUGCUCUUGCUACUGGGCAAGUCCUGCUUUUAACCUCCUUGCAGAUAUUGCAGUCUAAGUAAUUAUCACAACUUUUAAUGUUUUUCAUCGCCCCCCCAACUCCAAUGUUUUGUUCAGCACCUUAAAGCUGGCACGAGCCAGACCCCUGUGCAGCAGAUGAAUACACAUACCAUGGGUCGGGACAUUUUGCACAUUCACAACCUUAGACUCACACUGCAGUACAUACAUAUUAAUUCUAAGGUUAGCAUUUGCCAAUACUGCCCCAUUUUGCUUUAUCUGGCACUGAUCUCCUACAAAGUUUACUUCAAAGCCUGCUUUUGCCAAGUCAGGAAUACUCAGGAGAUUGUUUUGCAAACUAGGCACACACAACAUAUUCCUGAAUGUGUGUCCCAGCUGUGGGAACACAAUCUCCCCCUCACAGACUACAUUAGCUUUCUGGCCUGUAGCAAGACUUACAUGGUUUUGUUUGAAGCCCUAGCAUCAGUUAGCAAUGCUUUUCUUUUACAAAAAGUUUGAGAAUUUCUGCUGUCCAGAACCCACAGCUCUUCAUUUUCUUGGCCAUCUGCAGACACCCAAGCGGUAGACUCUCUCUGCUGCCUCCUGUGCAUCUGCUGUUUUUGUUGUUUCCUCGGGCAGUCCCGAAGCAGAUGUUCACUGGACUUGCAGCAAAAACACCUUUUUACCUUGUUGACCACCGGCUGGUCUGCAGCAGCUCCUCCUGGCUGUUUCUCCGGCUCCCGACACCUCUGCUCUUCCCGGCUGUUGUUCCCUCUGGGAUGCUCCAACAGCUGGGCUGAGGUCAUCUUUCGCUCUGAACGCCUGUCCUCCUCUGCAUACAACCGUCUGGUAAUGUAUUCCAGAGUCAGCUUAUCAGUCUCUACCGACUCAAGGGAAUUGACCAGCAUAUCAUAGCUGUCAUCAAGGGAACUCAGGACUAUAAAGACUUUGUCCUCUUCCCCCACAGGCCUCCCUCUUAAGACUAGCUCCUGGAAACAGCCUGUUAGGAAUUUUAGGUGGUUCACCAGGGAGUCCCCCAGUGUCUUCCGACACCAGUAUGUUCUCCUGGUCAGUGUUCAUAGAAUCAUAGAGUUGGAAGAGACCACAAGGGCCAUCGAGUCCAACCCCCUGCCAAGCAGGAAACACCAUCAGAGCACUCCUGACAUAUGGUUGUCAAGCCUCUGCUUAAAGACCUCCAAAGAAGGAGACUCCACCACACUCCUUGGCAGCAAAUUCCACUGUCGAACAGCUCUUACUGUCAGGAAGUUCUUCCUAAUGUUUAGGUGGAAUCUUCUUUCUUGUAGUUUGGAUCCAUUGCUCCGUGUCCGCUUCUCUGGAGCAGCAGAAAACAACCUUUCUCCCUCCUCUAUGUGACAUCCUUUUAUAUAUUUGAACAUGGCUAUCAUAUCACCCCUUAACCUCCUCUUCUCCAGGCUAAACAUGCCCAGCUCCCUUAGCCGUUCCUCAUAAGGCAUCGUUUCCAGGCCUUUGACCAUUUUGGUUGCCCUCCUCUGGACACGUUCCAGUUUGUCAGUGUCCUUCCUGAACUGUGGUGCCCAGAACUGGACACAGUACUCCAGGUGAGGUCUGACCAGAGCAGAAUACAGUGGCACUAUUACUUCCCUUGAUCUAGAUGCUAUACUCCUAUUGAUGCAGCCCAGUCACACUGUUGCCUCAUGUCAAGUUUGUGGUCAACCAAGACUCCUAGAUCCUUUUCACAUGUACUGCUCUCAUUUUUUUAAAAAAAUAAUAUUUAUUAAAGUUUCAAAGGGGGAAAAAUCACAUUAAUAAAAAAAAUUAACAAUAAAAAGGAAAAAUACAAAGUAGAAAAAAAAAACCAGUUAAAAACAAUUCCAUCUUUUCCUCACUUCUUUUACGUUUACUUGUUUCCCGGACCUCCUCAUACAUCCCUCUUUGGUAUUCCAAUUCAAUUUGUUAAUCCAACAAUUCCUUUCCCUCCUAAUCCUAAUCCUUAGUCUUGAUAUAUUGUAACGUUAGAUUUUUACAUAUUAAAAACCAAUUUUUCCAUAUUCUUUUGUACCUAUACAGCUAGAAACCACUUAACUUCAAUCCAACAUCAUUCUAACAUUCAUUAAUUUUACAAUAUUUCUGUAAAUAGUCUUUAAAUUUCUUCCAAUCUUCUUCCACCGACUCUUCUCCCUGGUCACGGAUUCUGCCAGUCAUUUCUGCCAAUUCCAUAUAGUCCAUUAAUUUCAUCUGCCAUUCCUCCAGUGUGGGUAAAUCUUGUGUCUUCCAAUGCUUUGCAAUGAGUAUUCUUGCUGCUGUUGUAGCAUACAUAAAGAAAGUUCUGUCCUUUUUAACACCGAUUGGCCGACUAUGCCCAGGAGAAAGGCCUCUGGUUUCUUCAAGAAGGUAUAUUUAAAUACCCUUUUUUGUUCAUUAUAUAUCAUCUCCCAGAAAGCCUUAAUCUUUGGGCACGUCCACCAAAGGUGAAAAAAUGUACCUUCAGUUUCUUUACAUUUCCAACAUUUAUUAUCAGGCACAUGAUAGAUUUUUGCAAGCUUGACUGGGGUUAUGUACCACCUGUAUAUCAUUUUCAUAAUAUUUUCUCUUAAGGCAUUACAUGCCGUAAAUUUCAUACCUGUGGUCCACAACUGUUCCCAGUCAGCAAAUUCAUCUUGUUUGUUUUGGCCCAGCUCUCUAAUCUGUCAAGGUCGUUUUGAAGUGUGAUCCUGUCCUCUGGGGUGUUAGCCACCCCUCCAGUUUGGUGUCAUCUGCAAAUUUGAUCAGGAUGCCCUUGAGUCCAUCAUCCAAGUCGUUGAUAAAGAUGUUGAAUAAGACCGGGCCCAAGACAGAACCCUGUGGCACCCCACUAGUCACUCUUCUCCAGGAUGAAGAGGAACCAUUGAUGAGCACCCUUUGGGUUCGGUCAGUCAGCCAGUUACAAAUCCACUGAGUGGUAGCAUAGUCAAGACCGCAUUUUACCAGCUUCUUUACAAGAAUAUCAUGGGGCACCUUGUCAAAUGCCUUGCUGAAAUCAAGGUAGGCUACAUCCACUGUGUUCCCUUCAUCUACCAGGCUUGUAAUUCUGUCAAAAACGAGAUCAGGUUAGUCUGACAUGACUUAUUUUUCAGAAAUCCAUGCUGACUAUUGGUGAUCACAGCAUUCCUUUCUAGGUGCUCACAGACUGUUUGCUUAAUGAUCUGCUCCAGAAUCUUCCCUGGUAUUGAUGUCAGACUGACUGGGCAGUAAUUAUUUGGGUCCACUCUUUCCCCCUUUUGGAAAAUAGGGACAACAUUUGCCCUCCUCCAGUCUGCCGGGACUUCGCCUGUUCUCCAGGAAUUCUCAAAGAUGACUGCCAGUGGUUCUGAGAUCACAUCUGCCAGUUCUUUUAAUACUCUUGGAUGCCGUUCGUCUGGCCCUGGAGACUUGAAUACAUCUAAACUAGCCAAGUAUUCUUGUACUAUCUCCUUAGUUAUUCUGGGCUGUGUUUCCUCUACUGAAUCAUUUGCUCCAAAUUCUUCAGGUCGGGCAUUGUUUUCUUUAUCAGAGAAGACUGAGGCAAAGAAGGCAUUGAGGAGUUCAGCCCUUUCUGUGUCCCCAAGAGCGGUAGUCUCGUAAUCUGGGGAACUGGGUUCGCGUCUCCGCUCCUCCACCUGCAGCUGCUGGGUGACCUUGGGCUAGUCACACUUCUUUGAAGUCUCUCAGCCCCACUCACCUCACAGAGUGUUUGUUGUGGGGGAGGAAGGGAAAGGAGAUUGUGAGCCGCUUUGAGACUCCUUAGGGGAGUGAUAAAGGGGGAUAUCAAAUCCAAACUCUUCUUCUUCUUCUGAGUGACCCCACUGUUUCUUUGUUCUUCCUUUUGCUACGGACAUACCCAUAAAAGCCUUUUUUGUUGCUUUUAACCUCUCUAGCAAGCCUGAGUUCAUUCUGUGCUUUAGCUUUUCUGACUUUGUGUCUACAUGUGCUGGCUAUUUGUUUGAAUUCCUCUUUGGUGGUUUCCCCUUUUCCAUUUUUGUACACAUCCUUUUUAAUCUUAACUCAGUUAAAAGUUCUUUAGAUAGCCACCCUGGCUUCUUUAGGCACCUUCCAUGUUUCCGUCUCAUUGGUAUUGCCUGAAGUUGUGCUUUUACUAUCUCCCUCUUAACAAACUCCCAGCCAUCAUGAACUCCCUUUCCUUUUAGUAUUACUGUCCAUGGGAUCUCACCCAGCACUUCCCUAAGUUUUAUGAAGUCGGCUUUCUUAAAGUCAAGAAAUUGAGUCCUAGUAUGCUUGGCUGCUCCUUUCCGCUGUAUAGUAAACUUCAGAAGAGCAUGAUCACUCGCGCCUAAUGAUCCUUCCACUUCUACCCCACUAACCAGGUCAUCAACAUUGGUUAGGACCAGAUCUAAAAUGGCUGUUCCUCUUGUUGCUUCUCCCACUUUCUGGACAAUGAAGUUGUCUGCAAGGCCAGUGAGGAAUCUGUUUGACCUUAUGCUCUUGGCUGAGUUUGACAUCCAACAAAUAUCCGGGUAAUUGAUUUCCCCACUUACUACUAUCUCCCUUCCUUUUGCAUGCUUGGCCAUCUGUUCCAGGAAGGCAUCAUCUAUGUCCUCCGUUUGGCUUGGGGAUCUAUAGUAAACUCCCACAAUGAGGUCUCUGUUAUUCUUCUCUCCCUUAAUUUUGACCCAAAUGCUCUCACUUUGGCUUUGAGGUUCUAAAUCUUGGAUCUCUUCACAGGUAUUAUCAGCGAGCCAGCUGUCUCUCGCACAUGGACAGCCUUGAGCGCAUUCCACGCCUCACUUGCCGUCACCUUAUCAGCUACGUAGACUAGCUGGCUGUCGUCCACUCCAAGGAUGAUCGUAGCCAAGGCUUUCUCAUCCUUUUCAUCCUCCUCAGGGGGCUGUGGUGGAUCUUCCACCACUUUCCACAGGCCCUCACGCUUGAGGAAGUGUUGCAUGCGGACUGACCAGAUCCUGUAGUUUGUGGCCAUCAGCUUCUCCAGCAACACGCCAGCUCUGGACUGCUCCAUCCCUGCAGCUCCCCUCCAGCACCCACGGCUAGAUAACUGCCACCUGUACUCAUGCGCAGCGGAAGUGUGCUGGGCCCAUAACCCUGUCACGAAUUCCUCGCGGCGCUUUUAGCAGAAAGCUCAGAGUCCUAGGUUCUUUAGUGCAGUAUUUAUUAUUGUGAGCUAAAUAUAUAUACAAAUAUCUACAGAAGCAGUUCAUAUAAUCAGACAGAGUACCUGCGCCUUGAGGCAAAAGAAGACUCCACACUCAUCUACACCACUCCACCACUAUUGGACAGGCUUCCCUUUUAAACCGGUGACAGCCAAUCACAUUACUGUGGGGUGCCACAAAAGAGAACACCCUCUCCCAAUUUCAGUCAUGGGGGGAGGGUGGGGAAACCCGUAAGAGGCUGCGGGUGCAGGUAUUAGUUCUCUUAAAAAGCGGGAAGAGCCUAGGGUCAGCGUAUCUAGGACAAAAGUGUGUCAUGAGAAUGAAAGACGAGGCUGCUGGGUUAGACCAGCAGCCUGCACAGUCCAGCAUCCUUAUCUCACAGUGGCCAACCAGAUGCCCAUGGGAAACUGGAAAGCAGAAUUCGAACACAGAGCCCUCUCCCCUUCCUGUGGUUUCCAGCAACUGGUAUUCAGAAGCAUUCCUGCCUCCAACAGUGGAGGCAGAGCAAUUAGGACAUGCUGAACUUGUCAACUUUCAAAUUCCCCAAAUGAGGAGUACUAAAGAGUUGUAAUAGGGACGCGGGUGGCGCUGUGGGUUAAACCACUCCCCCGCUUGGGCUUGCCGAUUGGAAGGUCGGCGGUUCGAAUCCCUGCGAUGGGGUGAGCUCCCGUUGUUCGGUCCCAGCUCCUGCCCACCUAGCAGUUCAAAAGCACAUAGUGCAAGUAAAUAAUAAUAAUAAUAAUAAUAAUAAUAAUAAUAAUUCAUAUCCAAUCCCUCCCCAGCCGAAGCCAGUACUGCUCCGGCUGGAAGGCAAACGGCAUUUCCGUGUGCUGCUCUGGUUUCGCCAGAAGCGGCUUAGUCAUGCUGGCCACAUGACCUGGAAAAACUGUCUGCAGAAGCGGACAAAUGCCGGCUCCCUCGGCCUUAAAGCGAGAUGAGCACCGCAACCCCAGAGUCGUUUGCGACUGGACUUAAUUGUCAGGGGUCCUUUUACCUUUACCUUUAAAGAGUUGUAACAUGACUUGGGAAUUCAGAAGAUGUGUAAAAUUGCAUACAAAUCAUUAAAACAAUUGCCUAGUACUUGCAAUCUAUUAUUAUUAUUUAGUAUUACCCGACAUUUUCAGACGGUAAAAUUGAAAUUCUUUGGUUUUCCAAAAGCAGUUGAUGUAGCUGGUGGGGUCUCCUCCCUGUGACUCACCCAAACCUUCCCCAACCCUUAGAAUGCCCUCUAUAGAUAUUAUGGACUCAAGCUGCGGGAUUCCAGGAGCGCAGAGACAGUCCACCUGUACCUGCACUUACUCCUGAGGUUGCCUCUCGAAGAGGAAGCAGACAGAGAGGUGAGUGAAUGUGUGGGAUGUCAGGGGGGGAGGAGAGCCAGUGGGACUGGGACUGUGCUCACACGGAGACUCUCCACCUCCAGCCGUGUCCUGGAAGAGCCUCCUCCUUCUGAACCCUCCUGCUUCAAGCACCUCCCCAGGCUGCUCCCCAGUGUCCCACCACCACAAUCCAGGGUCCCCCACUCUUACUCAUCCAGCCAGUCCCUGACAUUACCCCACAGACCCCACCAGCCCUCUGUCCUGAUUUCCGGAUUGGUCUCUGCUCGUGCCCACCCGGUCACCCCCUCAAAGCCUCUUACAGGAGGAACUGCUUUUCAGCAUUCAACAUAUCUGGGGCAGAUUAGUUUUGGGUUCGAUCAGAGCAGCCAACAAGUGGCCCUCAAUGCCUUUCUUGGCAGCCCUCAGCAACCUUGGAGGCACCCCUACACACCUGUAGGCCUUGCACCGCCUUCCCAAAGCUGGGUAAGGAGGUGCUGGGCUUGGGGAAGGAGGCAGGUGUGAUCUGUCAGGGUCCUAGAGUCCUCAGUUAGCUCUUUCCCACCUUUGGCAAGAAGGUGGGAAGGCGCUAGGUCCCACCAGAGCCUCGUGCCUCCUUCCCAAAAGCCAGCGCCUCACCUGCCUACCUUUGGGAAGGCAGCAUGCAGGCUGGGGCGUGUGUGUCAAAUGUUGGCCUUGCUCUCCUCUCCCACAUGACAAGUCAGUGUGCGGCCCACAGGUUCUGUGCUGAACUACUCUUGUGGCCCACUUGGUAUGAGAAAUUGGAGCACCCUGUUUUAGAUGGUGCAUAUUCCUGCUCUGGCGCCUUUGGGUGAGGGGUGGAUUACAAAUACUUCCAGUGUAUAAAUGAAGCAUUUUAAUGUAGUUGGGUGUUUAAUGAAGCCAAGAACUGUAUCACAAGAUUCGAAAAUGUCAGAAUGCAAGGCAUCCUUGCAUUGCAAGCUGCACAUGAGUCUGGGAGGUGUGGUCUGGUCAGUUCACAUCAGAAUCCACAGAAAUAUCGUUCUUCAAACCACCCCUAUUAUUAUCUGGGAUGAAAGGAUCUGUUCAAAUUGGUUCUCUAAGUGUCUCAUUUCCCCACUCUUAAAUUUGGUUCCCCACAUUUUGCAGCAAUCUGCUUACAGAAUCACAUUUAUCCUCCAUAGCUUAAUGGUUGCCAUCAAUUUCAUUUUAAUUGAUUUUAAUUAAUUUUUAUAAUGAAAUGUUUUUAGAAUGUUGUACUAUUUUAUUGUUGUUAGCCGCCCUGAGCCCGGCUUUGGCUGGGGAGGGCGGGAUAUAAAUAAAAUUUAUUAUUAUUAUUAUCACUAAUUGCAAUCAAGAAAACGACAUGUUUGACGUGCCUCAUUCUCCCUAGGGAAUUUCUGAGGCUAUCGGUGUGGCUUCAAGCACCCAUAUUUCCCAGGUGCUGAUGGCAGUGCGGGAUUUUGGCCGCGCAGCCAUUGCAAGGAAGACUGAGACGUCUGAGGUAAGGGUGUGAAGUGAGGAAGGAGCAUAGCAAGAGUGUAGGUCAGCCACCCCCAGCCUGGUGCCCCUUCCCCAUCCGUGUGUUUUGAAUUGGAACUCCCAUCAGCCCCUGACAGCAUGGCCAAUGGUUAGACAAAGAUCCUGGCAAACUGGAUCCUUAGCAGCUAUUUACACCCACACCAAAGCAUGUGAAGCAGCCUCUGGGUUCCUCUGAUCUAGGAAAACAGAGCUGUGUUGGAAAAGAACAAAUCCUGCCCCAUUUCCAAAUAUGCUCUUUUUCAAGGGAUGGGAUCCUUACCAUUCCAAAAAGGCAAUUAGAUCUGCUCAUCCUCUCAGUAUGGAAGCCAGACAACUUCCUCUGUGGGUAUGUCUCAGUCAUCCUUCUGAAGUGGGCUCCAGCAGUCCUGUCUCUGUGGCUCCAGAUCCUAGAUCUGGUCUGAUCCCUUGGCUCACUCAGUCAGUCAAACGGAAUAGUUAGAAACCAUUGGUCAUCCCCAGAGUACACGCAAUACAAAAGUACACUGACCCCUGUUUUUAGGUUGGUUGUCAGAUGGUUGGUUGGCAUUUCUUCAAUAGUAGAAGCUAAUGGGGGACCCCAAACAUCAUCUAGUCCAACCCCCUGCAAUGCAGGAAUCUCAGCUCAAGCAUCCCUGAGAGAUGGCCAUCCAACCUCCAACGAAGGAGAGUCCACAACCUCCCAAGGGAGAGUGUUCUGCUGUCAGAAAGCUUUGAAUGAAAACCGUCUUAGAGUUUGGAAGAGGGGACACCUCUCCAACUGAGGGGAGGGAGCAGAAUCCAAGAGAGAAGGCAGUCGGCAGGCUGGGAGAGGCAGAGAGAAAGAGGGGAGAGGUUUCAGCUGCAUCCCGGGGCAGGGCAGCUGCCCAAGUUGCUCUCGUGCAAGGGUUCUUCUGCUUACGGGAGUGCCUGCUGGCCCCAUUCAACUAUGUUCUAGAGUAGACCCAUUGAAUUUAAUGAAGAUGACUAAGUUAGGCCCAUUCAUUUCGACAGGUCUACUUGAAGCAAAGCAUAGUUGAGUGUCACCCUCUGUGUUCAUCUCCAUAUAUUUGUCAAUUAAGCAAAUUAUUACAAAGGCAUAGUAACUGCGUGCGGAUCUAACACUUCCAUAACCUGAGGGGGCCUUGGGGUCAUGUGCCCCCGACUCUCCAAUUCUCCAACCCAGCUGGAAGGGGAUCAGAACCUUUUCCUUCCACUUUCAGUUAACUUCCCUCAAGCUUCUGGUCUCCGUUUUGCAACUGUGCUAGAGGAGAAGGGAGCAGGAGCCGAUGAGUCCAAGGCUCAUUCACACAAUAAUAAACCAUAGUUUAUCACAGAGGUAACCAAAAUGGGGCCCUUCAGAUGCUACAGACUGCAACUCCCAUCCUUCCUGACCACUGGCCAUGCUGGCUGAGGCUGAUGGGAGCUAGAGGCCAACCUAUGUUGAUGCCCUCUGGUUUAUUGUUACAUCUGAACGCAGCCCUGAACUCUCUUGUGCUCUGCCAUCCAAGAGAAAUGAAACCCAGGAGUGUGGUACCCCUGGAUUUUUGCUGUGAGUUGGGAAAUGACCAAGGAAAUUUCCCAACCCUCACUAUGGAGAAGAUGAGCAGAUCCACCCGGUUCAUUUUAAUUUUAAAAAAGCAGCUCCCAUGGAAAAGAGCACCAGUGGUCAGUCUACCCUACACUGUCCUGCACUUUCUCCCUGGUUGACUGACCGAACCCAAAGAGAACACCUUCAUGGUUCCUCGUCAUCCUGGGGAAAAAGUGACCAGUGGGGUGUCACAGGGUUCUGUCUUGGGCCCGUUGUUGUUUCACGUUUUUUAAAAAUAAAUGACUUGGAUGAAGGAAUUGAGGGGAUGCUCAUCAAAUUUGCAGAUGACACCUGUCAAGGCUGCCUCAAGUCUUAGCUCACAAAAGACCAACGCCUACGUCUUCUUGAAUACAAAGGUGUUUAUUGCAGUUCAUGGUUUGCUUGACAUCUUAGGCGCGCAGCCUUACGUCUCUUACGCUAGACCGCCGAAGUCCCGUCUGAGUCAGUCCCUCCUCUGCACCAAUUUAAGAGACUUGCGCUGCUCCACCUCUUUCUCUCCUUCCUUUUCCGCAGGGUCUUUCUGCCCCCUGGGGUUUGCCCCUUCUGGAUUCCUCUGACGCGGAAUCAGACUGCUGCUCCCCUCCUGCGGGCUUUGGGACCUGGCCCCUCCUCCGGGCUCCCUGCACUUCCGCGCGCCUCUACAUUUGAACCAGGCGCGCGCGCCAAACCUCUAACUUUCCUUUUGACAGUUACACUGCUCCCUUCACUGCUCCCUCCCCUUCCGGGAGGGCUGCUUGCUCUGACCCCCUCCUCUCUCUGCUGCUGGAGCUCCUUCCUCUGACACACUGGAAACUCCACCCCUUCGCUGCACUUUGGUGGGGAGGCUGGUCCUGACGCCCAGCUGCCACUUUGGGAUCCUCCGCUGGCACCCUGCUCCUGACAUUUCCCCUGGGGCUCCCUGGCCCUGACCACCGGCGCCCCUUCUGGGAAUCCUCUGAUUCGCUGGAAAGACUCAUGGAAUCCCUUGAGUCAUUGUCGUCCUCUUCCUCGCUGGCUUGGAAUUCCUCCCCUUCGCUCUCCAUCUCCUGCCUACCCUGUGCCUCUCUCUCUGAACCCCUGACAUCCAUCCCCCUCGAAGCCCCCUUCCCCCCCCGCUGCUCGGGCGCAGGUUCCGGGAGCCUCGUUGUAGCGGGGGUAGAUGCUGGAUACAGUUCGUCGACGUCGAUCUCCUCUGCUUCCAGUUCAGUGUAGGAGUGCUCGAAACCGGGGUCCUCCCCCAACACCUCCAAACCCUUCCCCCCCCUGUUACUUCAGGCGAAGCUGCUUGCCAAGGCCCCCUUCGCCACCCCACUUCUGGUUGAUCGUCCCACCAAUAAGAGCGGUCCGUGUCCACCCUCGAGCCCGAUCCCCUUGGAGGGCUCGAUUGCGGCGUGGUCUCCUCCGCAGAGGAGACCCCCUGAAGGUGCUGCCUGAAAGUGUGGGGGUAAAAAGCCAGUCGUCAAAAUACUCCUCUGGCAUGGGCCUGUGCGGGAAGAGUGCAUGGAACUCGUCCUUAAGCCAAGAUUCCUCCAGAGCAUAAUCUGGCACCCAACUGUUGGCGCUAGCCGGGGUACCUUCCUUGGCGAGGAGGUAUUCCACUCCCUCCUCCCCCAUCUCGAGUCCAGAAUUUCCGUGACCUCGUUGAGUGUCGGGGUCCUCGGUGACUUCCCCCUGGUGACUUCCUACGCGGGUCUGGUGCCGUCCCUGGCUCCUGAAAUCUGUGUGGGGCCUUGUAGGGUGUAAGCACCGACCUAUGAAAGACCGGGUGCAUUCGGGAAUCCUCUGGGAGGGUCAACCGAAAAGCUACGGGAUUGACCCUGCCCUCAACUUGGUAUGGCCCUAGCUGUUUGUGUCCUAGCUUCUUCUUAGCUAACGACCUGGCCGGCACCGCCUGGGCUGCUAACCAUACCCAGUCCCCCACCUGGAUGUCUUCUCCUGCCCUCCUGUGCCUGUCUGCCUGCACUUUGUAGGCGUGUUUAGCUAGUUCCAAAUGCCGUCGUAGCUCCUCGUGGACCUCCUGCAAUUCUGCUGCUAAAUGUUCCGCUCCCUGCGACUCCCCUGCGUCGUCGUCUCCAACGCCGGGAAUGUUCUGGGGUGUCGCCCAUUGUUGGCGAAGAACGGUGUCACCCCCGUUGACGCGUGCUUCGUGUUGUUGUAGGCAAACUCGGCCAUCGGUAAGUAGUCCACCCAAGUUGCAGGCUUUUGAUUGGCGUAACAUCGCAGGUACUGCUGCAUGAUGGCGUUGACCCUCUCCGCUUGGCCGUUGGUUUGGGGGUGUCUCGCCGACGCUAAGUUGAUCCUGACAUUCAGGAUGCCCAGGAGCUUCUGCCAGAAACUGGAAAUGAAUUGGCGACCCCGGUCGGACAAAAUGGACCGUGGUAAGCCGUGCACCCGGAACACGUGGUCUAUGAAUAGCCUGGCGGUCUGCUCCGCUGUUGCCACCUUCGCGCAAGGAAUGAAAUGCGCCAUCUUGGUGAACAGAUCUACAACCACAAGCACCGCCGUCUUGCCCCGCGAACUGGGCAGAUCAGUGACAAAGUCCAGCGCCACCCUUUCCCACGGCUGCAGUGGCGUCUCCAGCGGUUCCAGCAAUCCCGCUGGCUUCUUGUGCACUGGCUUGGACCUCUGACAAGUGUCACACCUGGCGACGUAAUCCGCGACUUCUCCCCGCAUCUGGGGCCACCAAAAGUCCCUGGCUACUAAGUCCGCCGUCUUCUCCUUGCCGAAGUGACCCGCGCUGGGGGCGUCGUGCAACUGCUGUAGAACCUUCGCUCGGAGAUCGUCCCCUGGGACAUAGAGAGCACCUUUGCGGGUCAGUAGGCCGUCGCGUAUCUGGAAUUCGCCGUCCUUUGCUGUCCCUCUUCGCACCUCCUCCAUCUUGGAUUGUGCAAACGGGUCCGUCUGUAGCGCGCGUCGUACCGCGUCCAGGUCCACGGCGGCAGAAGCGCACGCCCACGCUUGCGGUGCAAAAAUGUGCCUGGCUGCCACUGGUGCCGCUUCCUCAAGAUACUGCGGUUUUCUGGAGAGCGCAUCCGCUAUGAUGUUGUUGUCUCCCGGGAUAUACUCUAUCCGGAAAUCGAAAUCCGCAAAGAACUCCGCCCAUCUCAUGUGCCUCUGGCUCUGGAGCUUCGCCGUGCGCCAAUACUCCAGGUUCUUGUGGUCCGUGCGGACCUGCACGGUGUGCUUGGCUCCGAUGAGGAAGUGCCGCCACGCCUUGAAAGCCGCGUGGAUGGCCAACAACUCCCUGUCCCAGAUGGUGUAGUUCUGUUCCGACUUGCUGAGCUUCCGUGAGUAGAAAGCGCAGGGCCUCCAGUUCCCUUGCGAAUCUUCCUGCAAGAGGACGGCCCCCACUGCUCUGUCAGAUGCGUCAGUCUCAACCCGCAUGGGCCUGCCAGGAUUCACGUGUAGCAGCUGGUCUUCGGACGCGAAGAGACUCUUAAGCCUCCUGAAGGACUGCUCCGCCUGGUCCGUCCAGGUGAACUUUUCUUCUUGGAACUGAGGGUGUCCGUGAUAGCUGCCGUCUCUUUCGCGAAACCCCUGAUGAACUUGCGGUAAAAGUUGGCGAAGCCGACGAACCUCUGGACCUCCUUCCGAUUGCGCGGGCUAUUCCAGUCCAACACCGCGCGGACCUUGGCGCUGUCCAUGGCUAGGCCCUUGUCGGACAGCCGGUAGCCCAGGAAAUCCACCUCCGUCACGUCGAACUGGCACUUCUCCAGCUUGGCGUAGAGUCUGUGCUCCCGUAGCCUCUGCAGGACCUCCUUUACGUCUGUUUCGUGAGUCUCCUGCGAUUCCGAGAAGAUCAGAAUAUCGUCGAGAAAGCAUACGCACUUCUUGUAGAGGAGUCCUGCUAGCACGUGGUGCAUGAAUGCUUGAAAAUGGUGGGAGCCACCUUGGAGACCAAACGGCAUAACUCUGUAUUCAUAGGUGCCCAGCGGCGUGAACAUGGCCGUCUUCCACUCGUCACCUUCCCUCAUGCGUAUGAGAUUGUAGGCUCCGCGUAGAUCCAACUUGGUGAAGAUCCUCCCCUUCCUCACCGUCGCGAGCAGGUCGUCAAUCUUGGGCAUGGGGAAAGCCUUGGGUUUUGUCAUCGAGUUUAUGGCCCUAUAGUCCACAAUGAGUCGUUUUUGGGGCGUGUCCUUCUUCUUCACAAAAACACAGGACUGCCCCCACUGCCUUGGAUUCUCGGAUGAAUCCCCGCUUCAAAUUGUGAUCUAUGAACUCCUGAGCUCCUGCAUCUCAUCUUCAGACAUGGAAUACAGCUUCGCAGUCGGUAGCGUUGCCCCUGGUAAGAGGUCAAUUGCACAGUCGUAGGGCCUGUGGGGUGGUAAUUGGUCAGCUUCCUUCUCGCAGAAUAUUUGUGGGGCACUGCCUGCACCAUGCCUAGAUGCAGCUGUUGCCCUUCCUCCCGGCCCUCCUCGUCCUCACCAAUCUGGAUGCAAUGUUGUGCACAGUAGGACGAGCCAAAGGUGAGCUGCCGCUGGUACCACGCCAAGGAUGGACUGUGUCUAUCCAGCCAACUCAUGCCUAGCACUAUGGGCGUGUCUGACAGUUGGGUGACAUUGAAACUGAUGACCUCGCGAUGAUUCCCAAUUUUCAGCAGCAUGGAUGGCGUCUGUUGUACCACUUGCCCACCCAGCAACUUCCUGCCAUCUACAGUGACCACAUUCAGAGGCAGCGUGGCUGGUAGUAGCGCUAUGCGAUGCUGCUUGACGAACUGCACCCCCACGAAGUCAGCGUUGCUCCCUGAGUCAAUCGUAAUGGGGACUUCCAGGGUGAGUCCAUUAGGCAGCUGGAGAGUAGCAGUGAGCUGCACCACUGGCUUAGGUGGUAAGGGGUCUGUAGGCUGCAAAAGCGCUGGGGACUGCUUCAUUGACGUGCCUGGUGGAGCCCCAGCGUCUCUCCCUCCAACCAGGCAUUCUCGUUUCCCUGAAACUGCUCCCCUUGGAAAGCUUCCCUGUUACUGUUGCUAAGGCUGCAGUGUGCUUCUGGAGCCUCUGGGGACACUCUUUAGCCAUGUGCCGUGCACUGUCACAGAUGUAACACUUCCUGGUCCCUCUAGGAGGCUUCGCUUUGACUGCUCCUGACGCUGAGGCUCCGGCAGCUGUCUGAGCCUUUGCACCACCCAGUUCCAUCUGUUCUUCCCCUCUGCCAGGACAGGCGAAAGGCGUGAACGUUCCAAGUCCCUAGAAGGAAAAGGAGGCGCUCUAGCUGGUGGGCGGACGUGACGCCCUCCUCCCUGUGCCAAGGGCGGUCUUCUUGGCGCACCCCUAUCGUGAGUGCCCUCUGCACGACGUCUGCUAGGGUUUGAGGUCUGUCUCCCUAGCCAGCUCAUCUUUCACUGAGCCGUGUAGCCCUUCCCAAAACAAGUCCCUUACUGCCAGGGAGUCCUUUUCCCAGCCCAGCACAUUCAGCAAUGCAAAAAAGCGAGAAUGGUACUGACGCACUGUAGCCUUGCCCUGCCGCAAUCCAUGCAUCUCCUGACGUGCCACAUCAACGUCAACAGUAGAUUGGAAGCAAGCGUCCAUGGCUUUGAGAAAUUCAUCAGAGUCCCUGCGUGCAAGACCAUCUUCGCGCCAUAAAUUGCGUAACCAAUUCCUUGCUUCCCCAUGCAAAUGGGACACAAUGAACCCCACUUUUUCCUCCUCAUCCUUGAAGUCCUUUCAAGUAAAUGCAGUGCAUAUACGACGUCUGCUCUGAAAUUGGGAAAUGCUUCAGGUUCCCAUCGAAGUGGGCUACUAAAUUGCCCCCUUCGUCCCAGUCCGAUUCCCUCUGAUCUGGACCCCGGGAACCCCUCUCUGCACGCCCGAUCCCACCUGGCUUGCAGAUCCUGGCAUCGCGCUUCUGCUUCUGCAACUGUCUUCUGAGAAACCACGACGGCAGUGGAGAGCUCGGUGACUGCGUUUUGCAGGGACGCUAUCUGCUCCUCAGUAGUCAUUGCUGCCAAACUCGUGAGCUGUGCAAAAAAAUUUUUGCUUUUGAGACGGGACUUACUGUCAAGGCUGCCUCAAGUCUUAGCUCACAAAAGACCAACGCCUACGUCUUCUUGAAUACAAAGGUGUUUAUUGCAGUUCAUGGUUUGCUUGACAUCUUAGGCGCGCACUAGCCGAAGUCCCGUCUGAGUCAGUCCCUCCUCUGCACCAAUUUAAGAGACUUGCGCUGCUCCACCUCUUUCUCUCCUUCCUUUUCCGCAGGGUCUUUCUGCCCCCUGGGGUUUGCCCCUUCUGGAUUCCUCUGACGCGGAAUCAGACUGCUGCUCCCCUCCUGCGGGCUUUGGGACCUGGCCCCUCCUCCGGGCUCCCUGCACUUCCGCGCGCCUACAUUUGAACCAGGCGCGCGCGCCAAACCUCUAACUUUCCUUUGACAGUUACACUGCUCCCUUCACUGCUCCUCCCCUUCCGGGAGGGCUGCUUGCUCUGACCCCCUCCUCUCUGCUGCUGGAGCUCCUUCCUCUGACACACUGGAAACUCCACCCCUUCCCUGCACUUUGGUGGGGAGGCUGGUCCUGCCGCCCAGCUGCCACUUUGGGAUCCUCCGCUGGCACCCUGCUCCUGACAUUUCCCCUGGGGCUCCCUGGCCCUGACCACCGGCGCCCCUUCUGGGAAUCCUCUGAUUCGCUGGAAAGACUCAUGGAAUCCCUUGAGUCAUUGUCGUCCUCUUCCUCGCUGGCUUGGAAUUCCUCCCCUUCGCUCUCCAUCUCCUGCCUACCCUGUGCCUCUCUCUCUGAACCCCUGACAACACCAAACUGGGAAGGGUAGCCAAUGCCACAGAAGACAGAAUCGGGAUUCAAGAUAACCUUAACAGAUUGGAGAACUGGGCCCAAACUAACAAAAUGAAAUUCAAUAGGGUCAAAUGUCAGGCUCUACAUUUAGGCAGGAAGAACCUGAUGCACAUAUAUAGGGUGGGGGAGCCCUGGCUUGCCAGCAGUUUGAGUUUCCUGGAGGGAAAAAAAAUACAAAAUUUGUAAGUCUGCACAACAACUUGUUGUUGUUGCUUAGUCGUUUAGUCGUGUCCGACUCUUCGUGACCCCUGGACCAGAGCACGCCAGGCACUCCUGUCUUCCACUGCCUCCCACAGCUUGGUCAAACUCAUGCUGGUAGCUUCGAGAACACUGUCCAGCCAUCUCGUCCUCUGUUGUCCCCUUCUCCUUGUGCCCUCCACCUUUCGCACAACAACUUACUGACUACUAAUAUUUUCCCAGCUGCUAAAAGGUCCCAACUAAAUGGUGAUUUGUCUCCAAUUGCACUUAAGGUUCCCAAACUCACUUUCCCCAUCCUUUCCCUCCAGAAUACUAGCGAGACCAAUGCCAGUAUCACCGUCAUCCUUUGCUGCGGGCAAAUGGCAUUCGGGGCACGGCAGGAUGAGCUCCCCUUUUUUAUAGACCUCAUCACAGAGGAGCUCCUCUUCCAAUUCCAGAACAGCAGGAAGGUAUGGCUCUGAUUAUCACACGGACUCCUGUUGUUUGUUCUCUCAGCUAUACCAUACUUUUCCGUGUAUAAGACAGGGUGUUUUUUUUAUUAUUAAAAAAUGAUGUUUAAAAAUGAGGGUCAUCUUAUACACAGAUAGUGCAUAGGGGGGACGUGGGUUUGGUUGCCGCUGCAAGCCGGAGAUAGUCAGUGGCUAUUGUGCGUGUUAUUAGUGGCUGCGGCAAGGGGUGGUGUUGACUGGCUGUCGCUGCGGAAAUUGGGAAGGCGAUUGGCGGUUUCUGCCGGCGAGGGACAGACAAUAGGUGGGUUUUGCGACGUGUGUGAGUGGCAGCAUAGGUCCAGCGGGUGAGCAAUUUUUGGAAUCCCCUCCCCCCAAAUAGCUGAACAACUGUGGGUAAUCCUCCCCCCCAAAAGCUCAGCAACUCUGGGCAAUCCUCCCCCCCCCCCUUUUCUUAAUUUGGAGUCCCCCUAAUAGGGGUGUCUUAUACACGAAAAAAUAUGGUAUAUCCUGCCUUUCUCCUGUCAUAUGACUCCAGGAGCCAGGAGGUGUGCAACCAUUUCCCCCGUGGUCACCAUCCAGGCACUGAGCAGACCUCCUGAGCUCCGUCAAGGUCCUUGCACCACAUGCCUUCAGACUGUGCCCUAGGGCAGGGUCUUUGGCUUCAUCCACCGAAGGGUUGUAGACUGGGGUGUAUACUGGCUCCACCCUUAGGACCAGAUGGGGCAUUACAGUGGUACCUUGGUUCUCAAACUUGAUCCAUUCUGAAACCAAAGCGUUCCAAACCAAGGCAUGCUUUCCCAUAGAAAGUAAUGCAAAAUGGAUUAAUUCUUUCCAGACUUUUUUUAAAGAAACCCUAAAACAGCAAUUUAACAUGAAUUUAACUAUCUAACAAGACCAUUUCUGGGUUAGGGUUAAUUUUUGGAUUGGGUUAGUGUUAGGGUAAGGAUUAGAAUUAGGGUUAGGGUCAGUGUGGCUUUAUGUUUCCUUGUGAUUUUGAUUCAAACUCAAUUUUAUAAAAUCCCUUCUCCUUUCAGAACGAGGCUUUGAAGAAGAGCUUUAUGAAGGCAGCAACUCUAACAACCAAGGCGCUUGUGCAAUCAAUUGCGGGAUAUGUCACCUUCCCCCACAAAGAGGAGCUCACCUUCUGCAUCAUAGUGAGGAAAAAGAAAAAGAAAAAAAGAGGGGGAAUGUCCUGGGGUUUCUUUUCAGAGCGUUUUUUCUUAAAAAUAGCUGUGUAGGUCUAGCUCUGGGUUGCAUGUUCUGACCAUCUGGCCCCAAACCAUUUCUGCUCCAGCUCAAGUUUCCAAACCCUCUUGAAAGGCAGCCCUACAUUGUGGCAACCUCAGCAGGCUGUCACCAGCGCCUAAGUAAAAGAGGCUAGGUUCUCCCAGGAGGAGAGGGCUGUCGAUGGCUCCCAGCCAUGAUUGCUAUGUUCUACCUCCACAGAGGAAGAAAGCAAUGUUUCUGAAUAUAGUUGCUGGAAGCCACAGGCAGGGAGAGGGCUCUUGAGCUCAUGGUCUGCUCCCUGGUUUCUCACAGACGUCUGGUUGGACACUGUGAGAAUGCUGUGAGGAUGCUGGACUAGAUGGGCCCUUGGCCUGGUCCAGAAGACUGAUCUUAUGCCGUUCUUAUGCAGUAGAGCUCUGCCCAGGAGAAAAAGGGAUCUUAUUCCCAGAUCCAGGAAGCCCACUCUUCUCCUCUAGGAGGACCCACUUGCCAAUUGCAAAGAAGUUGUCAAGUGGGCUGGAUAGAGAGCACAACUCAGGGCUUGGUGUGGUGGUGGCAGGGAUGGCGCCUCCAGUUCCCUGACAUGCUGUGUGCUUCCCCACCACAGGAGGUUAUCAAAGAGGAGCCGAUGGCAUCGCUCACCAUCCUACACCAGGCGAUGGAAACUAUCAUUCGCAUGACGUAAGUACGGCCAGACACAGUACAUAUUUCUUCACCAGGUUUAUGGACUGCUGGGUGCUGAUCCUUUCCUCUCCCCUUCUUUCUCUUUUCAGUGCCUUGAGACCACGCAUGGACCCCCUGCUCCGGUCUCAGUUGCUACAGAAAACAAUCAGAAAGGUCUUCCAAUUGCCAUCAUUGCAGGUUACGAAGGUCAAAGCCGGGAGCUCUGUGCCAGCAACACAGAGCCAGGUGACUGGACCUUCUGCUUCUGGAGGAAAAUGGGGUUGCCAGGUUAAAGGAUUUGAGGGCAAAGAGUCUGAGCCGUGUAAGCUGCAAAGAAUGCUGCCCGAGACACUUGACCCAUCACAAUGAUGUAACAACCAGAGACUUUGGGUGUAUAUUUUUGAUUUCAAUCAUGUUUCCAUAUUUAUUGCAUUUCACCUUUGGCUAGAAUGCAUCCACAAAUGAUUCCUGCAUGCCUGCAUUUUGUGACUCUCAUGCCUCCCUCCUACGCUACAUUUAAUUUUAUUUGUUUGCUUGUUUGUUUAUAUGCUGCCCAUCUGACUGGGUUAGUCUAGCCACUCUGGGCGGCUUCCAACAAAUUAAAACACAGCCAGACAUCAAAUAUUUAAAACUUCCCUAUGCAGGGCUGCCUUCAGAUGUCUUCAGACGGAAGUAUAAUGAUGUAUCUCUCUGACAUCUGAUAGGAGGGUGUUCCACGGGGUGGGCCCCACCACCAAGGCGGCCCUCCGCCUUGGAACACCCCAAGGAAGUUGAGCCCAGUGUGGAGUCCUGUAUCUUUAUAUCGCAUGACCUGUAACCUUACAUACAUCAAGAAACGUUUGAUGUUUAUGACUCUUUGUGUGCCAUGUUUGAACCCCUGCAUAAGCUUUGUUACGAAUUUGGACUAGAAGGCUCCAGAGCAUAUGGGAUUUCCAUGGGAGUCUUCAGCUUCUAAGUGCUUUUGCUUUUCUCCUUCCAGGACUGUUAUCAAGAGACCAUCUACAUCUGGCUCAACAUGCUCACCAGCUUGCUGUCGGAGGCCCCUCUCUGGAGACGCUGCAGGAGAUAUUAGUGGUAAGGGAGCCCCCAAGGUUUCAGAGCAGGGGAACCAGCAGCUCCCAUGCCGGAGGACAGACCCUCUUGAAAUGAUUGCACGGGGGGCAUCUGUGGCCAACUCGCUGGUUGUGGGUGCUGAUGGUCAAGUGGGCCUCUGUUCUGCUAGCAAUGCUUGUGCAAGGCACACAAGAUAUGUCCUCUGCUGAUGGCGUAUGGGGAAGGGCCGUGGCUCGGGGCAGAGCAUCUGUCUUGCAUGCCCAAGGUCCCCGGUUCAGUCCUCAGCAUCUCCAGGUGGGGCUGGGAAAAGGCUCUCUGUCUGAAAGCCCAAAGGGCCAACUGCCAGUCCUCAGUACCUGUGGAUCAAUGGCUGGGCUUGGUCUAAGGAUGCUUCCUGCAUUCCAUUGCUAUGGCUGUGGUGAGGUGUAUGUUGUAUUGUUGUAAUUAUCACACACACAAACACACAAAUGACAGAUUGCAGGGCGGUUCACAACAUAAAAAUACAAAAUCAGAACAGAAAAUGCAUAAUAAAACAAAAGCAACCCAAGAGCCAAUUAAUAUCUAAUUCUACUAAUGCUUUUUUUUUUAAUGGCUUCUUUUUUCUGUGUCUUUAGUUGUUCUUGUUUUGUUUGUAAGCUGCCUCGAGACCCUGUCUGGGAAAGAGGUGGGGUAUUAAUAAUAAUAAUAAUAAUAAUAAUAAUAAACAAAUUGCAGCAAACUUUCUCCUUUACAAAACAACCCCUUUUUGCAAUUUGUCCCCUCUAUGAAGCUUUGUGAAUUUGCAAACCUGGAUUAAGGGUUGUCCUUCCAUGUGAUGACGAUGAUUUCUCUCUCACAGCACACAAAUGGCUGGAUUGACUCCACAAAAAUCAGUGAGAGGCAAAGAGCAGUCAAGACCACCAACGUACUCAUGAAAUAUGUCUCCGAGCAUUUGGACUUUGAUGUGAGUGACCAAGGCUUAAUGCUGCAAUUUCAAAUCGUAUUGCAUUGGAAAGUUCAGGUGUGAACUAGAUGAAAGCUGUAUGGCAUGGCCAUCCCAAGGGAAGGUGCCAGCCAGUGCUAUUUUUCUAGAAAAGAGGUGCCAGGACUCACCAUGAACUCACCUCCCUCAUUCUCUUAUAAUGGCAAUAGCGCCCACCUGAGAGGUGCCAGUGUUAGCUAUUUGCAGUAUAGUAGCACUGCAGAGAGCUUGCUGGGGAGACCAUGCGUUAAAAAGGGACUCAAAAAUAACUAAACAAGGUUUUAAUAACAAAAACAAAAACUCCUUAUACACUAAAUACACCAACAACAAACCAGGCCCAACCACCAACCCAUCCCCCAGGGUAACGGAAGAGCUAGGUGAUGCUCCUUAUAUACUACACCCAAAUGCUGACACAGCUUAAUCAAUACAACUCAGCACCUGCUGUGUUUCACAGCUGUAAAGCUGGGUCUCGUUAUUUUGCUCUGGCCCCUUAAAGACAUACACAUCGGGUGGAACAAUGAUGAACCUUUACAUUUAAAGAAACCAUUCAACAUUUCCCUGCGGUUCAUCAUUGUGGAACAAAAUCAUAAAGCAUAUUUUGUACAUGUCUUUCAUGAGUAACCUUUGGAAGUGCUUUAGUAAAAAUGUCUGCAAUUUGAUUGUCACCUGGAACAUAUUGAAAUACAAUCAUUUCGUCAGCAAUUAGUUUCUUUACAAACUGUAAACGUAACCUUAAGACUCUAGUGCGCUGGGCAUUGGUCUCUGAACACAGGAUAGCGAGUCCGCUCUGGGAAUCAAGGUAAACUCUUACUGGUAGUGUUACUUUCAUCUGUAGGUCUGCAAAUACUUGCAGAUACCAUUCCACAUCACGAGUGGCCUGAACGCAUGCACAUAAUUCACUCUCUGUUGUGGAGAGACAAAUAAUGGUUUGUGUCUGGGACUUCCAUUCAAAUGGACAACCGUUAUAACAAAACACCAUACCAGACACAUCCCUGCAAUUAUUUUGUUCCACUGCAUGAGAUGCAUCGCAGAAAAUUUCAAAACCUUUGUCAAUACAUGAUGUAAACUGCAACCUAUAAUGUUUGGUAUGUUUAAGGUACACUACCACUCUCUUAAGAGCAGAGAAACAUUGCGUAGUGGGCUUUUCCACAAAUUUUGCCAGAAAGUGAAAGGCAUAAGUUAUAUCUGGUCUUGAGAUUCUUUGAAUGAAAUUUAGCUUGCCUAUAGCAGAACGAUACAAAGUUUUGUUAGGAAAUGGCUUAUCUUCACCUGUAAAGGUGAAACCACACACCAUAGGCGUUUCCUUCCUAUUUGCAUUUUCUUAAACCCAUUUUGAAUCAAUAAGUCUCAUAUCUGGGGUUUGUGGUACAAGAGACCAGGUGUUAUGCUCUUUUAAAGAAGCUAUCUCAGAGUUGAUAGCUUUAUACCAAUUUACAGCUUGGUGCUUAGGUAAAUUCUGAACAUCAUUGUAGCUUUUUAGCUCAAAAACUGCCUUAUUGGCAUACACAGUAUUUAAAUGUUCAUCUGCAAAACGUUGUGGCUUCUGUCUCUUUCUAUCUGAACGUCUCAGUCCGGAAGGAGAGUCAGACUCCUCAGACUUAAUGGGACUAAGUGAACUACUAGUUUCAGGUUGUAAAUCAUCAUUGUCAGACUGAAGAGGUGCCUGUAGGCUAAGCUCACAGUCAGAAAACUCAAGAGAAUCUAAGCUCCCCUCGGGUGCCUGUGACUUUAAAUCAUCAAACAAAUUAUCAGAUUCAACAGGCUUUUUGUCUUGUUCCAUUAAUUCAGAAGCACCAUUUCCUGCUGCUGCUGCUGCUGCUUCCUCUUCUUCCUCAGUGUCAUUUAUACCGUUAGUAUCUUGGAAAACAGCAACGCCAUUCCAAUUUACAGUUUGUAUCAUGCUUCUGGUAAUAUGAAAUUUGCCAGUUGCUGGUAUGUAAAUUCUGUACGCCCCCUGCUGGUAGCCCAUUAAUUUUCCCUGAACACUACGCUCACCCAAUUUCUGCCUAGCGGGAUAAUGCAUAAUUACAUCUGAAUCCCAAAUGCGUAGGUAUUUCAGAUUAGGGUGUUUUUUAAACAGCUUCUCAUAUACCUGAAGGAGCGUCUCCACCCCCAUCGUUCUGCCCGGACGCUGAGGUCCAGCGCCGAGGGCCUUCUGGCGGUUCCCUCAUUGCGAGAAGCAAAGCUACAGGGAACCAGGCAGAGGGCCUUCUCGGUAGUGGCGCCCACCCUGUGGAACGCCCUCCCAUCAGAUGUCAAAGCAAUAAAUAACUACCUGACAUUUAGAAGGCAUCUUAAGGCAGCCCUGUUCAGGGAAGCUUUUAAUCUGUGAUAUUUUACUGUAUUUUUUGUUUCUAUGGAAGCCGCCCAGAGUGGCUGGGGAAACCCAGCCAGAUGGGCGGGGUACAAAUAAUAAAUUAUUAUUAUUAUUAUAGGGGGUUGUUAGGAUAUUUCCGUUCCACCUUAAACAGGGAGCAGGCUGUUGUUUGAGUCACAGUCUGCGUACUUCCGGCUCACAGGAAGUUUAUGUUUUGUACAUAGCUUUUGUUUCUCUCUCUGUGCCUGAACACGCAGGCAAGCAGUCAUGUUUUUUCUUUGUUCUGACCAACGCUGAAUAAAGUUGUAAAUAAUGCUCUCCUGAGUGCAUCUUUCAUUGUGCGAACUCUGCAAAGGUAGUGCACAAGUCCUUGAAUGUGGAAAGCUGUUUCUGAGGCUUGUGUCGCUAAUUGACUGAUACUGCGUUCCUACGGGAGGUUGAUGGAUCGUCCGGAGUCGACGUGGGGGCAUGAUGGCCUUUGUCUCCCUGGCAGUAUCCCAACAGGGGUGACAUCUAAACCAGAAUGAUAACUGCGAUUUCUAACGCAACAAAAGGCAUUGAGCGCUUCAGCCCAAAAGACUUUGGGCAGAUUAGCAUUGUGCAGAUAAGUUUUAACCCCUGCCUGCAGGUCACGCUGCACAACUUCAACAAGCCCAUUUUGCCAGGGACUUGGGGGGCAAGAUAACUCAUGAGUAGUCCCCUGCGCUUCCAGGAAAUUCUCAAAAUCCUCAAAAACAAAUUCCCCACCCCGGUCAGUAAACAGGUUCUUAAUUGGUUUGUUAAAAUGCGUUUUUACCCAGUUGCAAAAAGCUCUGUACUUCUCAAAUGCUUGGGACUUCUCAGCUAUUGCAUAAGUCCAACAAUAUCUACUAUACUGGUCUAUCAGGGUAAGCCAGUACUUAGAACCUCCUAAUGAUGGUGGGAGUGGCCCAACUAAAUCACAAUGUACACGCUCAAAUGGCUCAGUUACUUUCCUAUCUGAGCACCUACCCUUGAGUGCAACCUUAAUGUUAUUCUUGCAACAGGAUAGACAUUGCAUAAAGAAUUUACAUGGUUUUAAGUUUAGGCCAUUAAUAAUAUUCUUUGUCUUAAUUACAUCAGCAAAAUUCAGAUGUCCCAGAAUUCUGUGUGCUUCAUGGGCACACCCGGAAUGUGGCCUUACAUUCCUCAACCCCUGGCUUGACUGUGCUGCUCUGCAAUUUAUAGGCGAUUGGGAGUAGGUGCGAAAAUACAGUCUAUAUAAACCAUCAGAGUCCUGGGCAUACAAUAGACGUUUGUUCCCAUCGAAAAACUCACACAUUGACUUUAAGAAACGCACAGUUAUGCCUUGACAAGCAAAACAUCUUACUGACAAUAAAUUGUCCACUGACGGGCAGUAAAUGCAGUUCGCUAUCGUAAUGUUUAAAGAGUCAAGUUUAAUAGCGACUGCAAGACUUGUGAAUUGGCUAAAUGUACAUUACCAAUUUCCUCUUUAAAAGAAAUAAACAAGCUUCGAUCGUUGCAAAUGUGCUGAGAUGCUCCUGAGUCCACAAUAAAAGACUUCCACUUGGCACCUUUAAUUCUUUUACGAUCUGUAGUCCGAGCAUGAAAAGCUCGUGGCUCGUUUCUGUCUUUAUGGUACGAUGUCGGCUGCUGGGCUGACGACCGUGACUGAUGAACAGAAACAGACUUGGGAGUACUUUGCUUUCUUUUGGAUCUGCAGUCCUUUGCAAAAUGUCCCUGCUUAUUGCAGAACCAAUAAUGCUUUGCAGCUUUAAAUGCAGUCGUAUCACCACAAGUUUGCAUAUGGCGUUCCUCGUUGUUUCUGGAAAUAGGAGUGCUUAUGGCACAAGCCUCCCUUCUAUCCAACUCGCCCAUUAAUCUUGCCGUUACCCCUUCCACAGUUAAUUGUGCUGGUGGAACGGCAGAUAUCUGGCUAGCUACACCAUCAAAGUCCUCAUUAAGGGAACAAAGAAUGAUAAAAACAUACUGAAUAUCCGGUAUCUCCAUGUCCCUUUGAAUUAAUUUGCAGCGUAUUGCCUCCAGACGUCUCAAGUGUGCUGCCAAAUCACCACCAGGCUGCAACUUGGUCUGGUACAGCUGCUUGAAACGUCAAUGCAGACGCUGACUCUUUUCUAAUAUGCACUGCUGCAAGACUGUCCCACAUUUCUUUGGCAGUUUUCUUAUUUCUUAUAUAGACUACUUGCUGGUCGCUGACUGCCAAAUUAAUUAUUGCCCUGGCUUUUGCAUCUCCUUUCGACCAAGCAUUAGUUACAGGGUCAGGAGGGUCAUCAGUUACAUAGGUCCAUACUUCUCUAGAGGUCAAAAGCGCCUCCACCCGAAAAGACCAUAAACUAUAGUUCUCAUCUGUUAGCUGUGGGAACACCAGAGCCUUCUCGGCUUCUGGAACCCGGUCAACCAUUCUGGAACUCUUCCAGACCCACAGAAACUACACUAACAGGAGAAGGAGUUUUCAAACCUUUCUCAGAGUCAAAAAAUAUGCAGUCAUCCACUCAGCAGCUGGGCCCAUAACCAAAGAUGUUAGCUAUUUGCAGUAUAGUAGCACUGCAGAGAGCUUGCUGGGGAGACCAUGCAUUAAAAAGGGACUCAAAAAGUACUUAAACAAGGUUUUAAUAACAAAAACAAAAACUCCUUAUACACUAAAUACAUCAACAACAAACCAGACCCAACCACCAACCCAUCCCCCAGGGUAAUGGGAGAGCUAGGUGCUGCUCCUUAUAUACUACACCCAAAUGCUGGCACAGCCAUUCAACAUUCAACCAUUCAACAGCCAGAACUGAGUUCCAGUGAGUUCUGGCUGGGGAAAAAGCCCUGGGGCAAGCCUAGCGUGGACCACCUAAGCACAGCUCUCUUGCCAUGCGCCCCUCUGCCACCUUUGCCGACUGAAAGCAUGCCAGACGGUUUUCUUUUGCUGGGCUCUGUGGGACGAGGGCUGACUGUGCAUCUCUCUCUCUCCACCUCCUAGGUAUCCCAGGAUUUCCCCCUUCUUGGGCAGCUGGUGGCGCUCUUGUCCAUUCACCUCACAGACAACGUGAAGGAGAUUGGCCUGCAGUCAGCGGAGGCCUUGUACCAUCUCCAUUACAUCAUGAUAGCCAAAAUGGGUGAGGGCGAUGCUGGGAAAUGGCUUGUUUCUUGUAAGCUGCAGGGUGGGAGAUCUGUAGCCCUCCAGAGGCUGCUCCAACUCCCAUCAUCCCUGAGUGUUGCCCAUGCUGGCUGCUGCUGGGGUUGAUCAGGGAGUUCAGGAGGGCCAGAAUUCGUGCCAGCACUGGCCUAACGCCAACACCCUGUUGGCCAGAGACGAGAGGGCAGUCUUGGGGGAGGGAUUCACUGCUGAAGAACAUCAGAAAAGCCUUCUGGACCUGACCAGUGGCCCAGCCCAGUCCAGCAUCCUGUUCCCACAAGGGUUGACCAGAUGCCUGUGGGAAUCCAGCAAGCAGAAUUCAAGCUCUUUCUACUCCUGUACUUUGCUGCCUCUGACCAUGGAGGCAGAGCAUAGCCAUCCUGGCUAAUAGCCAUGGGUAGCCUUCUCUUCCAUGAAUUUGCCUCAUCUUCUUUGAAAGCCAUCUUGGUCCAUGGCCAUCAGUGCCUCCUGUGGCAGGGAGUUCCAGAGUUUAGCUGUGCACUGCAAGAAGAAGGACCAUCCUGAAACUUCAGUUUCAUUGGAGGUCCAGUUGUUCUCAUGUUCUGACGGUGAGAGAGAAAGCUUUCUCUCUCCACUUUCUCCAUGCCAUACAUUGUGACUCCUCUUCCUCGCUGUUUUUCUAAACGGAACCCCCCCCAAAUGCUGCAACCAGCUCCACAAGCACCCCAGUCCUUUUGGUUGCCCCCUUCUGAACCUUUUUCCCAGUUCUGAAUUAUAAUUUUUGAGGUGAAAUUGAUAAUUGUUUUUGUUGGUCCCAGUGGGAAAACUGGAGGUUUUGAGCAGGGAGCACUAAUGCUGGGUUCUUUUGCAUGCAUAUUCCAAAACCCGACCCUGCUUAGGUAAGGAACUGGAGAAGAGGAGGAAUAAAAAUAAGAAAGGCAACAUGGUCAGAUGGGUCCGAGAAGACUUCUUCAUCCCUGGGCCCUCCCUCUUCCACUACAACAUCGCAAAAGUGGCCAAGGUAGGGGUGGCUUUUUGUACUCUUUAUUGCUAAGACCGCAGCCACUCACAGUUAGCAAAGAUUUGCUCAUUCGGGCCAAUGGGGCCCUGCCCCACCAACUUCAGCCUGCCCUCAGGCAGCCCACGCCUUCUAGGGAUGAGGGAGAGAUUCAGAGCAGUUCACACUGGAAGCCAAAGCUAUCAAAUCGAGGCUUUCAGAAACAAUAGGAGAACUGAAACACAACCCGCCUUUGAAAUUCACAUGUCUUUGAAUUUCGCAAUGCCAAACAGUGUGUAAAAAAAUACAUGCGUGAGCUAUUAGUGUAAAUAACAUUCAGAAAUGCAUUGUAUUAGAAUAAAUUGCUCCAAGACAAGUGCCCGGUAGCCUAAACUGCAUGCAGAAUUCUACUUAUUGUAAUUCUACCAGGUGCUGGGAGACCUAGGGUUCAGAUCCCCACUCAGCCCUGAAACUCAAGAGUCAGUCACAGUCUCUCAGUCUAACCUAUCUCAUGAGACUAAAACGGGAGGAGAGAGAACCAUGCAUUGCCACCUUGGGCUCCUCAGGGUGGAAAAAGAAUAGGAAAAGUUGACUCAUUCGGUGCAUCUUUCACAAGGCACUGCCAAGCCAAUGAACUAUGCCAACCUUGUGGUGGGUGUUUUUGUUGUAUAUUAAGAACUAAACCCACAGCCGGCAGGUUCCCACCCAGUCUGUUUGGCAUUGGUUAUAUAACAGAUAGCCACUAUUAUUCAUCCUCUCUGUUCCUGCGAGAAUUUUUUUUUAAAUUUUCUAGUCUGAUUUUAGAUUGAACCUCUUCAUGUUCCAAUGUCAUAACCAAUUUAAGAUGUGGAUCGAAAAUAGCAAGGCGUCACCUGACUUUUAGUUUUGUUUGUUGUAAAAUAUUUCAGCUACUUAAAUAAACACAUAAAUAGAAUCACCGAAUUGUAGAGUUGGAAGGGACGUGGGGGUCACUUAGUUCAACCCUCUCAAGGCAGAGUGGAGAUGUCUUUCACUUGGUUUGUGAAGGCACGCUUGGACUACUGAAACGUGGUCAGAGUGUGGAGCAGAAGAAAACUCCCUCUUCUUUCUUCUUUGUGCCAGGCUUUUGGGGAGCACCUCACGCCCAGCCAGAUCAACGAAGUCGUGCUGAAGGCGAUUGACAACCUGAUAGUGGAAGACAGAGCCGUCUCUCAGGCUGCAGGAAAGCUCCUAAGGUCCUUCCUUGAGGAAUGCGGCAUGGAAAUGGAAGACGUAAGGCUCAAAACAGAGGCAGGGGGAGCAGGUUUCCUCUAAAUUAAACAUUCUCUUCGGACUUAGAAUUAGCUUCUUUCUGGGAAGUAAGAAGGCAUUGUGUGGGAAGUAAGAAGAGCCAGUGUGGUGUAGUGGUUAAGAGCGGUAGUCUCGUAAUCUGGGGAACCGGGUUCGCUUCCCCGCUCCUCCACAUGCAGCUGCUGGGUGACCUUGGGCCAGUCACACUUCUUUGAAGUCUCUCAGCCCCACUCACCUCAUAGAGUGUUUGUUGUGGGGAGGAAGGGAAAGGAGAAUGUUAGCCGCUUUGAGACUCCUUCGGGUAGUGAUAAAGCGGGAUAUCAAAUCCAAACUCUUCUUCUUCUUCUUCAAUUUCCGUGUCUGUGGCUCGAGCCUCUGUUUCCAUCCUGCUGCAGUUCGGCUUCCAAAAAUCAACCACCCUGUUUUUCAUGUCCCUGUCUGCUUUGGCAGUAUUUUAAUUACAUUAUUCCACCCUGUUCAUUUCAGUGCAAAGGAAACACAAUAUGGGCAACACUGAGGUCAAUUAAUAAAACUUUGCUAUGAUCAAAAUGAUCACCCUCCCAAAACUAACCUACUUAUUCCAAACCCUCCCAAUCUGGAUUCCCCCAACACUACUCCGCAGAUGGCAGAGAAAACUACACUCUUUUAUCUUCUCACAUAAAAAACCAAAAAUAAGCCCCAAAUACCUGCACCUCCCCACCUCAGAAGGAGGAUGGGGAAUCCCCAACAUGGAAGCAUAUUACAUUGCCAGCCAAAUACUCCAUAUAAUCCCAUAUAUACUAGAAGAUGAGACAAAACAAUGGGUACACCUAGAGAGGGACAUAAUUGAAAAUACCAACCCCAUCCCCACUAAUCCCCUGCCCUACCACCCAUUAUUCCACCAUGCAGCACAAAACCUCCAGAUAAAAACCUGGCAAACCAAAGGCUUAUAUCGCCCAAUAGACUUCUGUAAAAAUAACAAACCUUUGUCAACACAAGAAAUACAAGACAAACUAGAAGACACCCAAAUGCCCUGGUUAACACAACACCAAUUACAUGCUGUAACUCCCUCUUAAACAAUGCCCUCUUAAACAAUCCAACAAUAAAAUCAGCAGCAACUAGGCCCCUGAUAACCUUUGAAAACCUCCUCCUAACAACAAAGGGAAACAGUAAAGGGAUGGUAUCCGCAAUAUACAAAAUACUACUCCAAAAUCCCACAAACCCCCUAGACGCAAUCAAAAAACAAUGGGAGAAUGACAUAGGCUAUGAGAUUAACCCCACUCAAUGGAUCAGAAUGUGAUCUAAACCCCCCUUUAAAUCCAUAUUGUCAGGGCUGCCUCAAGUCUCAGCUCACAAAAGACCAACGCCUAUGUCUUCUUAUAUACAAAAGUGUUUAUUGCAGUUCAUUGUUUGCUUGACAUCCUAGGCGCGCAGCCCUACGUCUGCUACGCUUAGACCGCUGAAGUCCCCUCUGAAUCCGUCCCUCCCCUGCACCAAUUUAAGAGGCUUGCGCUGCCCCACCUCUUUCUCUCUUUCCUUUUCCACAGGGUCCUUCUGCCCGCUGGGGUUUCGCCCCUCCUAGAUUCCUCUGACGCGGAAUCAGACUGCUCUUGCCCCCUCCUGCGGGCUUUGGGACCUGGCCCCUCCUCCGGGCUCCCUGUACUUUCGCGCGCCUCUACAUUUGAACUUGGCGCGCGCACCCAGCCUCUAACCUUCCUUUCAACAGCUACACUACUCCCUUCACUGCUCCCUCCCUUCCGGGAGGAUGGCUUGCUCCGACCUCCCUCCUUUCUCUACUGCCGGAGCCGCUUCCCUGACACACUGAAACCUCCACCCCUUCGCUGCACUCUGGCGGGGAGGCUGGUCCUGACACCCAGCUGCCACUUUGGGAUGCCCAGCUGGCCCCCUGCUCCUGACACGUCCCCCCUGGGGCUCCCUGGGCUUGACCACCGGCGCCCCUUCUGGGAAUCCUCUGAUUCGCUGGAAAGACUCAUGGAAUCUCUUGAGUCAUUGUCAUCCUCUUCCUCGCUGUCCUGGGAUUCAUCCCCAUCGCUCUCCAUCUCCUGCCUACCCUGUGCCUCUGUCCCAGAACCCCUGACACAUAUCAAUGAAAAGAACUCACUCUGAAACCCACCUACAGGUGGUACCUAAGACCAAGAAAACUAGCGCUAAUAUGCCCAGGAACCUCACCAAAAUGCUGGAGAGGGUGCACCUCCACAGGCACAUACCUCCACAUGUGGUGGGAGUGCCCCAAAAUCCAACUAUUCUGGACAACAGCCAUACGAGAAAUAUGUAAAAUAACUAAGCAAGUAUUAGACAUCACCCCAGAAUUGGCCCUACUAAACAUCUUCCAAGACAACAAUGCCCACUUACACCACAAAGAACUCAUAACCCACCUACUUUCAGCAGCCAGAAACACCAUAACCAGACACUGGAGAGACUUGUCAGGAGUAAGCCUGGACCAAUGGUACCAAAUAGUAUGGGAAACAGCCCUACUAGAAAAAUUAACCAAUAAACUGAAACUGACACAGGGACAAACAGAAGAAGACGCCUUCACCCCGGUAUGGCUCCCCUUUAUCACGUACACAGCCCAACAAGACAAUGACAAUAAUCCACCAACAGCAUACAAAUCAAUAUGGCUAACCUGAUCCAAAACACCCACCCACCCCACUCUCACACGAAAACAAAGAUCAUCACAGCCAAUCACAAACAAACAACCACACCCUAGGCCAACCCCAACCUCUCUCACCACCAAAGGAACACAAGUGGAGAAACAAUUUACAUAUUUUCUGAAUCGAACCAGUCAAUGUCAAGAUUAGAUCAAAUAUGGGUUUCGAAUGAACUGACUCCAAGAAUACUACAAGUUGAAAUACAAUCUAAAGUAAUCUCAGAUCAUAAUCCAAUAAAAUUGGAACUAAAAGGCUUUGAAGAAAGAACAUUUAGAUGGAAAAUUAAGGGUUAUCUUUUGGACGACCAGUAAAUUGUAGGAAAAGCACAAAAGAAACUAGCUGAAUACUUUGUUGAUAAUUGCAACAAGGGUACAAAGAUGAGCGUAGUAUGGGACGCAAGCAAGGCUGUGAUGCGAGGUUUUUUUAUCCAGCAGAAUUCAUUGAAGAAUAAAAACAGAGAAAAGGGGAAAAGGAAAUUUUAAAGCAGAUAAUGGACAAUGAACAAAAAUUUAUUAGAAAACCAAAUAACUCCAAAAUAAAACAAGAAAUUAAGACCUUGCAAUCACAAUUUGCAAUGAUAAUAAACAAAGAAGUGGAAUGGAAUAUUAAAAAGUUAAGACAGAGAAACUUUGAAUUCGCUAACAAAUCAGGCAAAUGGCUUGCGUGGCAAAUCAAAAAAAGAAAGGAGCAGAACACAAUUAACAGAAUCAUUGUGAAUGGCGAAGAGAUAGAUAAUCCGAAAGAAAUUAGAAAAGGAUUCUUGGACUUUUACAGACAACUAUAUAAAAAUAAAGAAAGGAAUAAUAUGAGGAAAAUUGAGAGAUUUUUAAAAGGGAAAAAGGUGCAAAAGAUCCCGGCAGAUAAAAAAGACCAACUGAAUGCCCUAAUCGAAACGAAUGAGAUAAAAGAGAUUAUAAAGGAAUUGAAGAGGGGAAAGGCCCCAGGACCAGAUGGAUUUACAUCAGGUUAUUAUAAAGAGUUAAAAGAUGUUCUGAUGAUACCUUUAAAAGAAGUUAUGAAUAAUAUUUUAAAGGAAAGAGACAUCCCGGAAACGUGGAAAGAAGCAUUCAUUACACUUAUCCCAAAACAGGACUCGGAUUUAACCCAAGUUAAAAACUAUAGGCCUAUUUCAUUGUUGAAUACAGACUACAAAAUUUUUGCAGGGAUCUUAGCAAGAAGAAUGAAAAAGAUAUUAUUAGAAACUAUUCAUAAGGAUCAAGCAGGUUUCCUUCCAGGUAGACAGAUGAAGGAUAAUGUAAGGAACAUAAUUAAUAUUUUGGAAUAUCUGACUGCCAGGAAUGAGAAACAAGCUAUACUUAUGUUUGUGGAUGCAGAAAAGGCCUUUGACAACAUAGCAUGGGACUUUAUGUUGAAAAAUCUGGAGUAUAUGGAGGUGGGGAAAGAGUUUUUCAAUGGGAUAAAGGCAAUAUAUACAGAACAGAGAGCUAAGUUGAUUGUAAAUAAUGUGACUACGGAAGAUAUUAAAAUAUCUAAAGGAACUAGGCAGGGAUGUCUGCUUUCGCCAUUGCUGUUUAUAAUGGUCCUGGAGGUCUUCUUAAAGCGAUUAGACAAAAUAAAUUAAUAAAAGGGAUAACAGUUGGCCAGAAUGAAUAUAAAGUUAAAGCCUUUGCAGACGAUCUGGUAAUAACGAUUGAAGAACCAAUAGAAAGUGUAAAAGAACUAUUAGAGGAGAUUGAACAAUUUGGGAAAGUGGCAGGGUUCAAAUUAAAUAAGAAAACUAAAAUAAUUGCAAAAAUAUGGAGCAAAGUAUGAUAGAAAUAGUGCAACAACAAUCGCGAAGUAUUGGAAGACACAAGAUUUACCCACCCAGGAAGAAUGGCAGAUGAAGUUGAUGGAUUAUAUGGAAUUGGCGGAAAUGACUGGCAGAAUCCGAGACCAGGGAGAAGAGUUGGUGGAAGAAGAUUGGAAAAAGUUUAAAGACUAUUUACAGAAAUACUGUAAAAUUAAUGAAUGUUAGAAAAAUGUUGGAAUGAAGUUAUAUGGCUUUAGUAGAAAUGAUAUAAGGAAUUAAGUAUAAAUAGAUUAAUAGAGUAUUAAAGGAAAAAAUAAGGUUAGAAUGUGUUAAGAUAAUUAUAAGAUAGAAAACAGAGGAAGAUGGAAAGGAAUUGCUGAAACAAUUAACAGAAGUGGAAUACAAAAAGGGAGGUGCGAGGAGGUCGUGGAAAUUAGUGAAUGAAAGAUGGGAUAAUGAAAUUGUUUGAUUUAUUUUACUGUUUUUGUUUUGUUUUGUUAGUUCAAUGUGUUUAAUGUGUCAAUGUUAGGUAGUGUUUUUGUAUUGUAUUGUUUUUGUAGUGUUUAAAUUGUUGGAAAAGUAAUAAAUAUAAUUUUUUAAAAAAUAAUAAUAAUGCAACAACAAACAGAGAUAGAGGUGGUGAAAAAGGUAAAAUAUUUAGGAAUUUGGUUAACUCCUAAAAACAUUGAUUUGUAUCAGAACAAUUACAUACCGGUUUGGAACGGAAUAAGGAAAGAUCUGGAGGUGUGGGGUAGAAUGAAACUAUCUUUUUGGGGCAGAAUUUCUGCGAUAAAGAUGAGCGUCCUUCCAAAGAUGUUAUUUUUGUUUCAGACUAUCCCCAUAAUAAAGGGGGUAACGAUUUUUAAAGAGUGGCAAAGAGUGAUCUCAAGGUAUAUCUGGCAGGGCAAAAAGCCGAAAAUUAAAUUUAAGCUACUAACAGAUGCGAAGGAAAGAGGAGGCUUUGCCCUGCCAGACCUGAAGUUAUAUUAUGAAGCAGCAUGUCUUUGCUGGUUGAAAGAAUGGAUAAAAUUAGAAAAUAAAGAGUCACUGGACUUAGAAGGCUUUGAUAACAGAUUUGGAUGGCACGCGUACUUAUGGUGUGGGAAGAAGAAAAUUCACAAAGGCUUUGGGAACCACAUCUUCCGGAGUGCGUUAAUAGAAAUAUGGGAUAGGUAUAAACACCUAUUAGAACCAAGAGUUCCACACUGGUUAUCUCCGUUAGAAGUUAUGAGUGUAAAGAAAAUUAAUAUGAGAGGUAAAUGGAUUACAUAUGGUGAACUGAUAAUUAAAGAAGGAGGAAAAUGGAAAUUAAAACCAUAUGAACAAGUUAAAGAAUAUGUUUAUGAUUGGUUGCAUUAUUUUCAGGUGAAUGAAAUGUUUAAAAAAGAUUUUAAAGAAAGUGGUUAUGCAGAAAAAGAUUCUAAGUUUCAAAUCGACAUAAUAAACAAUGAUUGUAAAAUUCUGUCAAAAAUGUAUAAGAUAUUUUUGGAAUGGCAUACGAAAGAUGAAAAAGUGAAAUCGGUAAUGAUACAAUGGGCCAGAGAUUUCGGUUAUAAUAUACAAUUUGAUGAUUGGGAAAAACUAUGGAAAGAAAACUUAAAAUUUACUGCAUGCACGGCGUUAAAGGAAAAUGUGAUGAAAAUGUUUUAUAGAUGGUAUAUAACACCAGUAAAAUUGGCAAAAAUGUUUAAGACGUGUAAUAAGUGUUGGAAAUGUAAAGAAAAAGAAGGAACGUUUUAUCAUAUGUGGUGGGAUUGUAAGAAAGUGAAAAGUUUCUGGGAGAUGAUAUAUAAUGAAUUGAAAAAGAUAUUAAAAUAUACGUUUGUAAAGAAACCAGAGGCUUUUCUUUUAGGGAUUACAGGAAACGAGAUAAGAAGAAAAGACUGUAAACUCUUCCAAUAUGCAGUUACAGCUGCAAGGAUUUUACUGGCCCAGAAAUGGAAACAAGAGGAAAUGCUGACGAUUGAAGAUUGGAGACUGAAACUGACAGACUAUGCAGAAUUGGACAAGCUAACUGGGGAAAUUAGAUAUCUUAAGGACCAAAAGUUCAUCGGACUGGGGGAAAUUUGUAGAAUAUCUGAAAAAUACAUGUGAUGUGCAAACAACGUUAGUGAUACAGUGGUGCCCCGCAAGACGAAUGCCUCGCAAGACGAAAAACUCGCUAGACGAAAGAGUUUUCCGUUUUUUGAGUUGUUCCGCAAGACGAAUUUCCCUAUGGGCUUGCUUCGCAAGACGAAACGUCUUGCGAGUUCUUGCGAGUUUGUUUCCUUUUUCUUAAAGCCACUAAGCCGCUAAGCCGCUAAUAGCCGUGCUUCGCAAGACGAAAAAACCGCAAGACGAAGAGACUCGCGGAACGGAUUAAUUUCGUCUUGCGAGGCACCACUGUAUUUCAAGAAGCACUGUGAAAUUUGAGAUGUAUUGUUAUAAAAAAUAAUAGAAGUGGGAGGGAAGACUAAUGACAAUACUAAGGAGAAGGAAUGCGUAAUUAAGAGGUAAAGAUGGAUGAUUGUCAGAGAAGCUGAAGGAAGUCCAAAAAGAGAGAAUUUAUUUGUUAAAAAUUGGAUAAAAUUGUAUAUCUGUGUUGUAAAUCGAUAAAAAUUAUUAUAAAAAAAACCACAAGUGAACAGCAGAGAACCGGCACAAGUAACGCUGACACCAAACCCUACAUACAUUAAGCAAAAUAGAAACAGGUUCACCACACUUUCUCAUCCUGGUCUUCUUCCAGCUGCCUAUGGUUGUGAAGGAGAUUUACAACCAUCUCCACCAGAUCCCCGACACCCGCACUAAGGAAGUGACGCUUUCGGCUAUUGUCAGCCUAGCCACCAAGCGCCUGCAGCCGGUCGUGGACAGCCUGUUGGACUGCUCAAUGGAGUGUGAUGAGUAAGUUUUUGUGAUGUGAAAAUGGGGAGGGCUAGAUUUAAGGAGUUUCUUAAUUUAUCUUUAUUUAGAUUGACUUUCGUACUUGCAAAAAUUGUGCUCCAAGUUGUGGUUUCUUUCUUUGCUAAUGUAUGUGCAAUAUAAAGAAAAUAUCAAAGGCCUGACUUUUUUUAAGAAAAGGAAAAAUGAAAAAUUCUGUUUUGAAAAAUUGCAGAAGUGCCGCAGUGAUCUGGAAGGCGUUGGUCGCCGAUCCGUAUUCCAGCGUCAAGCUGCUGAGACCCCUCCUGAAAAGGCUGCAGGAUGAAGACCCCAAAGCGGAAGUCCCUUCCAGGCGAUGCAGCACUUCUCAAAUGCCAAUGGCGGUACGAAACCACUCAGUUUCUCUCUCCUGGAUUGUUUUGAAUGGGAGCUGGAUGGGGCUGGGGGCUUCUUGCUGGGAGGGGGGUGCAUCUUAAUAAGUGGUCCAUCCUGUGAGCACCUGCUUUGUAUGCAGAAGGGCCCCAGCAUCUCCAUGUCGGGGGUCCCUCGCCUGAAACCCUGGACAGCCACUGCUAGUCAGUGUAGACAACACUGAGUGAGAUGGACCGGGGCUCUGAGCCGCGUCUGAGUCUGAGAUCUUGAUCUGACGAUGACCUCUGCUGAAUGCCGUUCUCCUCUCCUUGUCCCUCCAGGCUACCAACGCUCUGUGUCAUAUCCUGUCGUUCCCUGAGGCUGCAGGUAUCCUGAAGAGCAAGUUCCACCACCUGCUGUUUGCACUUAGCACUCAGAUCUGUUUUGUCCAUGAGGCGAGAAGAAGAGGUUCGAGAGCGACAAGUCUAAUCCCGGAGCCCUCUUCGCAUCUCGAUCCGCUGACGUGAGGGACCUGCUAAUGCAUUGGGGGCCCUCCCUUCUCUCUCUGACCCAUAGCAGUGAUGGCUCAGCCCUCCCCCAAGAGAUAGGCUUCAUUUGGACAUGGAGGUUCUGCUUAGGUUAGAUAGCUAGGAGACCCAGGCUUCCCCAACCCCUGUGCUCUUCAGUCGCUUUGGACCACAACUCCCACCAGCCCCAGCCAGCACAACUGGGCUGAAGAUGGGAGUUAUUGUAGCCCAAAACAUCUGAAGGACACUAGGAUGGGAGAGGAUGCUGGAGACUCUCCCGCACGAUGGGCUGAUUUGGGUGUGGUGGGACUCACGUGUCAUGGAACCUUAAGUCUCCAUCAGAGCCAAAAGGUUGCCGCUUGUGCUGGAAACAUGGGGAGGCUGCAGGGGGUGAUGGUUGGGGUUGGACUGCAAGAUGUCAAGGACCUAAAACUCCCCAGAUGAACCUACCCAGACCUUGUGCUCAUCAUCGGAAGCCCCUCUUCACGUGCCUCCUCCACACAAGAAGGGGCCUUUUCUGUGGUGGCUCCCCAUUAGUGAGUUGCUCUCCCCAGGGAGGCUUGCCUGGUGCCUUUAGAUGCCAGGCAAAAAUGGUCCUCUUCAAUCAGGCCAUUGGCUGAUUAACCUGUUAUGCCCUUUCAACUGUGUUUGUUGGAGGGAGAGGAGUUAUUGGUUUGCUUUGGUUCUUGUUUUUAUUCUGUAUUUUGUGCUUUUUAACUUGCAUUUUUAUGUUGUGAACUGCCCGGAGAUCUACAGGUGAAGGGCAGUAUACAAAUUUUAAAAAUAUAAUAUUCUUAAUUCCUUCACUUGACUCAGGAUCGCUGUGCAGGCCCUGAAACAACUGAUUGGGCGUGUUGAAUACCUUGAUGAUUUUGAGGUUUUGGAGUUGCAAAGCUGCUGGGAUAUGCUGUCAAGUCCAGAAAGCUUUUUCCAAGGCAUUCGUCUUCUGGCAAGGUAAGAAGGUGAAAAGGACUGGCAGGUGAGGCAUGAAGAGCAAGGCCUGCUUUCUGGGGAAAUGGGGAUAAACUUCUUAUUUAUUUCAGAAAAUGUACCAUAUUGUCCAUUCUAUAAGACGCAAUUUUCCCCUCCUAAAAAGUAAGGGGAAAUGUGUGUGCGUCUUAUGGAGCGAAUGUUCGACACCUGUUCGACAGUGGAAUUUGCUGCCAAGGAGUGUGGUGGAGUCUCCUUCUUUGGAGGUCUUUAAGCAGAGGCUUGACAACCAUAUGCCAGGAGUGCUCUGAUGGUGUUUCCUGCUUGGCAGGGGGUUGGACUCGAUGGCCCUUGUGGUCUCUUCCAGCUCUAUGAUUCUAUGAUUCUAUGAAUGCAGGUGGGAGGCUCUGCUCAGCGUUCAAGUAACCUGGUAGUGGUGGUUGUUGUGCAGGAACGCUGAGCAGUUCUUCCUGCCAGCUUCAGGCUUGUGAAUCCUUUGUUUCUUACUCUUAUGUUUCAGGACCUUGUUCACAUCCUCGAAAGAACAGUACAAGAGGAUUGCCCGAUUGGCACGGAAAUAUAUGUGCUGUCCGAGCAACAAGAAGAGAGCCAUCGGCAUGGCGUUUUACUUGGAGGUAGGAACUGGAAACAGGGAAUGCCUGUUCUAAUGUUUCUAAUGGUUUCUUUAUUCCUCGCAAUUUAACUGUCAAAUGUUCUUUAGCAUUUACACAUUUUUUAUUUAAUUGUACAACUUCAGCUGCAUUCACUUCUAUCAUGUCUAAUAUAUAUGGACAAUGUUUUUUUUGAUAGAAGAUAAAUGUAUACAUAAUAAAAGAUGCACUUACAGUGGCUUUGCUCCAACUUAGGGAUGUCCGACUCCGAUACGGACACGUCCGAGACCUAGCGCGCAAGUUACUGCAGGCAGCAAUCAUACAGGUAUUCCGUUAAUGGAUGGACAAGUCUUCACCUUUGGAAGGCUAAGAUUUUUCUUAAAAUUACAUUUUUAUAUGUACUAUUGGAAACAUCUUAAAGCUGGUAUAAGUUCAUAUGUAUUUAUUUUUGCCUGCUUUAAAGAUUGAUUUCUGUGUGUCUGCUGGUUUAUUAUAUAUCAUUUUUUCUCUUUGUUCCGCUAUGUAUCGGGGUGGGGAGACAUCAUCAUCAUCAUCAUCAUCAUCAUCCUUUGCUCAUCCAAAUAAGCUGUUUUCAUUUAUUUAUUGAGGCCACUAAGUCUUUGAACGGAAGAGAUUUCUCCAGUUUCAAGCCUCAUCUCAUGCUGUUUAUGAGCCAAGUCCAAACCCUCUGCAGUUCAGACCCAGCUUACGAUGUGUUUGCUUCAGCAUGAUUCCAACCAGCUCAUACUCCUUCCUUCCCUUUCCCACCAAAAUGUACCUGACUGUGAGAGGAGAGGCGAAUUAGAUUGGGAGGGCCAUGCCCAGCCCUAGAGGUUGGAAUGCGGGGUCCAGGCCCUCCAGAAACCAGCGGAGAACUCCAUAGUUCCAAAUGGAAGCACCAGCCUAGCUUCUGCUGUGGCCAGAUUGAGAUGAGAAGGGGCAGGAGGGGUCAUGCGUGGCUGGGUGCUUCUUGGUGGAGACCAUUGAACUGAAGUGAGCUGCUUUGGGGGCCAACCUGAAUCAAUCCCAGAAUAACCUGUUCAAGAGGUGCUUUUUAGAAACUGAGCUCACAGUCCAACUGUAAAACCAUGACAUUAUAUGCUUAUGAAAUACGUGAUAUUUACUGUCUGAUAAGGGGGGGGGCAGCUCUAUAACUUCCAUGGGUCACAACAAGCCAGGGGGUCAAAACAAGGCACCACCUUCUCAGGUGAAUAUCAGGCUUGAGUCCAUAAAUGUUGCUCGACUUUAUCUGGUGUCACUUAGGCUCUGCCAGUUAGACCACCUGUGCUGCUGCCGCUGCCAAAUCUAGCUGUCAAAGCCUCAAUGACCUGCGCUGCUGCCACUGCCUC